AUGGGGAGUUUAGCUGGAAGUUCUUCAGACAAGAUCCUCUGCAGCCUGGUCGUCAUCCUUGUGGGCUUGUUCCUUCUGUCAGGUAAAGGUUUUCCCAGUGCUUCUGUUCAUUUACCUACAAAUUCAGGAGUAUGAGGGCCCGUUCACUAUUAAUAUACUUCUUCUUAAUUGUAUUUCAUUUCAACAAUUACUUUGAUAAAAUACAGCUUUUGUGACAUGCAAAUGGCCUUAGAUACCUAUUAGGUCCAUAAAUUACCAUAUAACAUAUACAGUGGUACCUCGGGUUACAUAUGCUUCAGGUUACUUACGCUUCAGGUUACAGACUCCGCUAACCCAGAAAUAGUGCUUCAGGUUAAGAACUUUGCUUCAGGAUGAGAACAGAAAUCGUGCUCCGGCGGCGCAGCGGCAGCAGCGGGAGGCCCCAUUAGCUAAAGUGGUGCUUUAGGUUAAGUACAGUUUCAGGUUAAGAACGGACCUCCGGAACGAAUUAAGUACUUAACCCGAGGUACCACUGUACAGUCACACCUCAUGUUACGUUUGCUUCAGUUUGCGCGUUUUCAGGUUGUGUCCCGCGGCGACCCAGAAGUACCGGAAAGGGUUACUUCCGGGUUUCGCCGCUCGCGCAUGUGCAGACACACAAAAUGACAUCACGUGCAUGCACAGAAGCGGAGAAUCACAACCCACGCAGAUGCGGAUUGCGUUCUUUUCAGGUUGCAAAUGGGCCUCCGGAACGGAUUCUGUUCGCAACCAGAGGUACCACUCUAUUCAACACAAAAAACAGCAACAAUUUGUUGUCGACAAAGGACAGCUGGACAUAUAAAGGGCCCCAUUUCCUUCAGUAGCUUAGGGCCGCAUCAAACCUAAAUCCGGCCCUGCCUUGCAGUGUUGUAACCUGCCCUGUGACCUUAGGGUGUCGGGUGGGAAAUGAACAAAGGAAUACUAGUAGUGAUUAAUAAUAAUGAAGAAGGUAUCCUGGACUAGAUGGGCCACAGGGCCAGUGUGGUGUAGUGGUUAAGAGUGGUGGACUUGUAAUCUGGUGAACCGGGUUCGCUUCCCCGCUCCUCCAAAUGCAGCUGCUGGGUGACCUUGGGCCAGUCACACUUCUCUGAAGUCUCUCAGCCCCACUCACCUCACAGAGUGUUUGUUGUGGGGGAGGAAGGGAAUGUUAGCUGCUUUGAGACUCCUUCGGGUAGUGAUAAAGCGGGAUAUCAAAUCCAAACUCUUCUUCUUAAGCAACUCCAAGCUUUCUCCCUCCGGCGGCUUCCAGCCGCCUCCGAGUGCAGAGGCAGACCAGAGGCCUCCUGGGAAGGAGCCAUGAAGGGGCUGAAUCUCCUCCGUGAAUUUGUCCAACCCCCUUUUGAAGCCAUCCAAGUUGUUGACCAUCACAAUCUCCUGGGGGAGGGAAUUCCAUAAUUUAACUCUGUACUGCAUGAAGAAGGACUUUGUGGAGGAAUGAUUAUUUUUAUUUUUUAUUUACUGGAUUUAUAUACCGCCCUAUACCCUCAGGGCGGUUCCCACAAAGGAUCACAGUAUCCCCUUGAUCAUUUUUGGGGGUGCCCUUUACUGGACCUUUUCCAAGUCCACAAGACCCUUUUUGAGACGAGGCAAACAGAACACAGUACAGUGGUGCCUCGGGUUAAGAACUUAAUUCGUUCCGGAGGUCCGUUCUUAACCUGAAACUGUUCUUAACCUGAGGUACCACUUUAGCUAAUGGGGCCUCCUGCCGCCGCCACGCGAUUUCUGUUCUCAUCCUGAAGCAAAGUUCUAAACCUGAGGUUCUAUUUCGGGGUUAGCGAAGUCUGUAACCUGAAGCGUCUGUAACCCGAAGCGUCUGUAACCCGAGGUACCACUGUACACAGUAUAUUCCAAAAGGGGUCACAUCAUAGAUUUGUAAAAUAGCAUUAUGAAAGUGGCAGUCAACAGUAAGCCACCUACUAUAACCCCAGAGUCUCUUUCCUGGUCCAUCACCUCCAGUUCAGAGUUUAUGUGAAAGUACCUUUUUUUUUGCACUUCAGUCACUACAUUUGUAUUGUGCAACAUUUUAAUUUUUUUAUUUUGUUAUGCUUUAUAUUUCAACAGUCGCAGAUCUCUGUAAAAAAUCGCUAGCUGCCCCAGAACACACACACACACACCAGCCAGGUGUGCUCCAGAUAGUCUACAUAUUUUAUUUAAAAGGAUUUAUAUAGUGCUUAAUCUUAAAAACAUCUGAACGGAUUGGGGCUGUGCUGACUGGGGCUGGUGCAGGUUGCUGGUCGAUACAUUCGGGGCACCGGCUUAGGGAAGGCUAGGCUAUGCAGCUGAUGGAUUGUUUGAAAAAUGUCCUCAUUCUCUUCUCUUAUUUCUCUUGCUACCCAUGUCAUGAACAGAAGCUGCUUCUCUGAAAGGGAAGCAACUGGUCCUGUCUGGACAGACACAGAAAUACCCCUCCUUGGCCGGCCGCAUUGCCCAAGGCUUGCACAUAUUUACCGUGUGCAUCUAUCUGAACAAGACUAAUAAUAGUGUGGGCACUUGGGCGGCCUUUUCUUAUGACAUCGGCAGUUCCUCCAGGGACCCCAAAGAUGUGGAGCUGGCUUUGUUUGCCAAUAACUGUACCCUGCAAAUGUCCCUUUUCGGCACCCUGGUUGAUUUGGGGAAAGAUCUCAUGGUCCCCAAGACGCACCAGAUGUGCUGUGUGUGGGACGGGAACAAGACCUUGCUCGAGGUCUUCCAUGAUGGGGGCAGGAUGAUGAGCAAAGAGCUCCCUGAGCUCAGACACAAGCGCCUGCAGCCUCGUGGGACUUUUGUGAUUGGCUGCCUCCGCAAGAAGCAGGCUGAAGACAUCGGCUUCGUAGGCAUCCUGCAUUAUUUCCAAAUGUGGAGUUCCGUGCUGGAGGAGCAGCAGAUGAAGAAGUGUUCCUCUGGAGAUGUUGUUAGCUGGGAAGGCGAUUACUGGUCCUUGAACGGCGCAACACUCGAGUCCGACCAUCACCAAGAUUGUGGUGAGUAUCAUGCCAACAGAGCCUGCGCAGGAGCCUCCUCCAUCUUGCUUGCGCCCAUCAUUUUGAACAAUACGUUUUCACGCACACACCCCAAUGUCUGAGCCUCAGCAGACCCCAGGGCUGCCUGCGCUCACCCAGGUUUCAGUUUCCUCGGAAUGAAGGCUGGCGGAGACUAUGGUGUCUUUAGGAUAAGAAAGGUAAAGGAACCCCUGACCAUUAGGUCCAGUCGUGACCGACUCUGGGGUUGCGGCGCUCAUCUCGCUUCAUUGGCCGAGGGAGCUGGCGUACAGCUUCCGGGUCAUGUGGCCAGCAUGACUAAGCCGCUUCUGGCAAACCAGAGCAGCACAUGGAAACACCGUUUACCUUCCUGCUGGAGCAGUACCUAUGUAUCUUCUUGCACUUUGAUGUGCUUUCAAACAGCUAGGUUGGCAGGAGCAGGGACCGAGCAACGGGAGCUCACCCCGUCACAGGGAUUUGAACCACCAACCAUUUGAUCAGCAAGUCCUAGGCUCUGUGGUUUAGCCCACAGCGCUACCCGCGUCCGUCUUUAGGGUAUAUGGUGUUAUUUGCCCAUAUGUACGGGGUGAGCUCCCGUUGCUCGGUCCCUGCUCCUGCCACCCUAGCAGUUCAAAAGCACGUCAAAGUGCGAGUAGAUAAAUACCGUAUUUUUCGUUCCAUAGGACGCUCCAUCCCAUAGGACGCACCUACUUUUGGGGGGGUGGAAAUAAAGGAAAAAUUUUUUUCCUUUAUUUCCCCCCCAAAACCAGGUUGGGGAACAGUGGGAUGGCGGCGCUGCGCCUCCCUGUUGUCCCCCGAGCUUGUGGGGCUGGCUGAUGUCUGCCCAGCGUGAGGGGCGCUCUGCUUCAGGGCGCCCCACGCGCCAGGCGGCAGGCUGCAGACACCUGCGCGAAGCACGGGGCGUCCUUUGGAGGGCGCCCCAUGCUCCGCGCUGCAGGCUGCCUCCCGCAAGCCUUGCGCUCCCAUGGGAGAUCCCCCGGGUGCGCAAGGCUUGCCGACACCUGCGCGAAGCACGGGGCGUCCUCCGGAGGGCGCCCCGUGCUCCGCGCUGCAGGCUGCCUCCCGCAAGCCUUGCGCUCCCGGGGGAAGAUCCCCCGGGGCGCAAGGCUUGCCGACACCUGCGCGAAGCACGGGACGUCCUCCGGAGGGCGCCCCGCGCUGCAGGCUGCCGCCCGCAAGCCUUGCCACCCGGGGGAUCUCCCCCCGGGCGCGCACGGCUUGCGGACACCUGCGCUGGCAGGGGCGUCCUCCGGAGGGCGCCCCGUGCUCCGCGCUGCAGGUUGCCGCCCGCAAGCCUUGCGCUCCCGGGAGAGAUCUCCCCCUGGGUGCGCAAGGCUUGCCGACACCUGCACGAAGCACGGGGCAUCCUCCGGAGGGCGCCCCGUGCUGCAGGCUGCUGCCCGCAAGCCUUGCGUGCCCAGGGGAACUCCCCCCGGGUGUGCAAGGCUUGCAGAUAGCUUCCUGGAGCCUGGAGAGCGAGAGGUGUCGGUGCGCACCGACGCCUCUCGCUCUCCAGGCUUCAGCGAAAGCCUGCAUUCGCCCCAUAGGACGCACACACAUUUCCCCUUCAUUUUUGGAGGGGGAAAAGUGCGUCCUAUAGGGCGAAAAAUACGGUAGGUACCGCUCCAGCCCGGAAGCUGUUUGUGGACAAACGCCAGCUCCCUCGGCCUAUAGAGCGAGAUGAGUGCCACAACCCCAGAGUCGGCCACGACUGAACUAAACGGUCAGGGGUUCUUUACCUUUACCUUUACAACCUGAAUAUGGGAUGGAAGGGCUCACAGCAUUAAUCCUACAGCAGAUCUUGUUUCCCAUUAGAUUCCCAGGGAGAUCCUCAAGCCACAGCUUUGGGUCCAGCACACAGAGCAAGACAAGCCUUUGUCUCUCCAGCUUCCAGCAUCAGCCAAAACUCUCAAGCACAGACUGCUUUGGCCUCUUGUUCCCCAUCCUUUGAUGGCUGGUAGCAUCAACCAAAUGCUUUGUUAUCUAGAGGUUUGUCUGCACUGGAGCAGAAGGUAGAUUCACACCAGCUGCCUCCCCAUCAUUGUAGAGGAAUUUCCCUUCCCAUGCCAGCACUAUCCCAGAUCUUCCACCCUUUAGAAUCAUAUCACAGAAUCAUAGAAUUGUAUGGGAUCCCAAACACCCUCUAGUCCAACUUUCUGCAAUGCAGGAAUCACAACUUGGGGGGGGGGGGGGCUUAAUCCUUGGGAAAUCCAAAAUGGCCAGGAUUUUUUCAAAACCCUAAUUCAAGCAGGGUGGGGGGAUGAGCCUUGGGACAACACUAGGGUGGGGUGUACGUCACUAUGUCAAUGGGGAGACAGGCCAGUGCAAACCCACCUAACUCCAGUCUGGACAAGUUCUCUGACCAAGCUUUUGAGAUUCUGGUUGGAGACAGAGCGGUAAAGCUUUAUUUAUUAAUCUGCCGUGCGAAAUCUCUGCUAUGGUGUGUGGGAACUUCUGCACAAGCUAUAAAUUUCCUCCUUUGCCUUUUAUGGCUGUUUUUGACAACCUGAAAUUUAUGAAAAGCUGAUAGUACCUGGAACAGAUAAUGGGGAAUGAGGACAAAGGAGGAGAACAACAAGCAGGUGGUUGAGUUUAUUGGAGCGCAUGACUGGCCAGCAGAUAAGAGCCCCUCUGAGGUCCUGUUGCUGUUCACCGAAAGGCAGCUCUGCCCUUUCAUGAGCAUCACGGGAAAUGGCCCUCAGGGAACUUGUAGGGGGUUCAAGCUGUGGGAUUUUAUUCCAUCUCAACAACUCCCUGCCAUAGAAAGCUGUAUUCUUGCCCCACAGCUAUUUAAUCUAUUUUUGAAUGACAUGAAACAUCUAGGUAAAGGUAAAGGGACCCCUGACCAUUAGGUUCAGGCGUGGCCGACUCUGGGGUUGCAGCGCUCAUCUCGCUUUACUGGCCGAGGGAGCUGGCGUACAGCUUCCGGGUCGUGUGGCCAGCAUGACUGAGCCGCUUCUGGCGAACCAGAGCAGUGCAUGGAAACGCCGUUUACCUUCCCGCUGGAGCAGUAUCUAUUUAUCUACUUGCACUUUGACGUGCUUUCGAACUGCUAGGUUGGCAGGAGCAGGGACUGAGCAAUGGGAGCUCACCCGUCGCAGGGAUUCGAACCGCCGACCUUCUGAUCAGCAAGUCCUAGGCCACCUGCAAAACAUCUACCUGUUGUGAAUGGCCACCCUCCUAGGUUAGGACCUAAGGCAGUUCCCAUAUUUUUAUAUGCAGAUGACACUGUCCUCCUCUCCUGCACCAGAGUUGGGCUCCAGAGAUAUCUAAAAGCAUUCUUUCAUUAUCCUAUUACUCAAACUCCAAGAUCUUGGUAUUUUCAAAGAGUUGGCAUCCAUGUGAAUGGUUUAUUGGUGAACCCUGUCUUUAUUCGUAUUUAUGCAUUUCUCAAUCUUGUGUUUAUUCGUCUCUGUGCAUUUCUCCCUCUUUUCAACAGGGUCACGUGACUUUAACUAUACAUCUUUAGCUCCACCACUGACAAGCAAAGCCCCUGACCCCUCAGUCACAGGUACGUAGCGAAUAGAAUGGGGUGAUCCGGGUUAAAACCUUGCCUCAUGGGCAGCUGGCCCUGGACAGGGAACCUGUGGCCCUGCAGGUGUUGGGCUCCAACUCCCAUCAGCCCCUGCACCCAGCAUGGCCAAUGGUCAGGGCUGAUGGGAGUUGGAGUCCGGCAGCAUCUGGAGGACGGUGGCCCCGUCCCAAGUCCUGCAUUACAGGGAGAUAGCAGGACCCUGGCUGGGUCUUCUUACGAUUAUUUAUUUGCUAAAUUUAUAUCCACUUUUUAUUUAUAUCACAAAAUACGUUAUAUACCAAUUGAUUGUAGUAAAAUCAUCAUCAUCAUCAUCAUCAUCAUCAUCUCAAAGCUGUUGAAUCAUCCAAGGUAGCUAACAAAAAUGUAUAUAAUAAAUAAUAAAAUUCUCUUGAUUAUAUUCUCCUCUCAUCAGUUAUCACAAAUUUAAAAAUGCCCAGUUUUCUAAGUUGCGUAUUUCUCUUGCCUGGCAUAGAUAAAAAAAUUGUCCCAAGUAUCGCUCUCUCAAUGCAUUAUGUAAAGAGCAAUAUAUAUAUAUAUAUACAUAUAUAUAUAUAUAUAUAUAUAUAUAUAUAUAUAUGUGUGUGUGUCUGUGUACAAGAUUUUCACCCUGUUUUAGACCACAAGGACAGGUAGAUUCAAUUCAGAAUACGGCGUGUUUCUGAACCUUCCUUCCGAAACAGUUGAAGCCAUCAGAUUUGAGUGGGUUUUGUAGAGUGACAGAGAUGACAUGUAUUUCAAGAUGUUCAUUCCCACUGGAAAUGCUACCCUGGAAACCACAGUUGUAGUUAUCAAGGACCCCAGUACAGCUUCUACCACAUUUCCUAUUGGGCCUCCUGAGACUCAUUGAAAUCCUGAGCCAACUCUAAUGUGGUUGUAACUGUGCCUCUGUCUUCUUUAGCAACAACCUCUAAGUCUGAAGUCACACUUCUGGACGAUGGUCUUCCAUGGAUCUCUUCUGGGACUGUUCCUUCACGGGCUGGUGUGGAGGACUCCCUGGUCCUGAAUGGAGUCAUUUUGGACUCACAGCUGUCCAUGGAGGCACAGAUCAAUUCUGUGUCCAGGGCAGCUGUCUACCAGCUCCAUCUGGUAUGCAGGCUGAGACCCUCCCUGCCUGCAGACUGUCUCGCCAGAGUGGUGCCUGCUCUGGUUAUCUCCUGCUUAGACUACUGCAACACACUCUACGUGGGGUUACCUUUGAAGGUGACUCGGAAACUACAACUAAUCCAGAAUGUGGCAGCUAGACUAGUGACUGGGAGUGGCCGUCAAGACCACAUAACACCGGUCCUCAAAGACCUACAUUGGCUCCCAGUACAUUUCUGAGCACUAUUCAAAGUGUUGGUGUUGACCUUUAAAGCCCUAAAUGGCCUCUGUCCUGGCCUCUGUCCUGUAUACCUGAAGGAGCGUUUCCACCCCCAUUCAGCCCAGACACUGAGGGCCAGCUCUGAGGGCCUUCUGGCGGUUCCCUCCCUGCGAGAAGUGAGGUUACAGGGAACCAGGCAGAGGACCUUCUUGGUAGUGGCGCCUGCCCUAUGGAAUGCCCUCCCAUCAGAUGUCAAGGAAAUAAGCAACUAUCCUACUUUUAGAAGACAUCUGAAGGCAGCCCUGUUUAGGGAAGCUUUUAAUGUUUAAUGCUGUAUUGUGUUUUUAAUACCCGAUUAGGAGCCACCCAGAGUGGCUGGGAAAACCCAGCCGGAUGGGUGGGGUAUAAAUAAUAAAUUCUUAUUACAGUGGUACCUCUGGUUAAGCACUUAAUUCGUUCCAGAGGUCUGUUCUUAACCUGAAACUGUUCUUAACCUGAAGCACCACUUUAGCUAAUGGGGCCUCCCGCUGCUGCCAUGCCGCCAGAGCACGAUUUCUGUUCUCAUCCUGAAGCAAAGUUCUUAACCCGAGGUACUAUUUCUGGGUUAGCCGAGUCUGUAACCUGAAGCGUCUGUAACCUGAGGUACCACUGUAUUAUUAUAAUGUUAUAAAACCAAAUGGACAGUGUCUCCUUCCAGGUCUGAUGAAGCCACACCCAAAGCAGAACCAACAACAUCAGCAGCUGAUGGGGUUCCUUCCAGCUCUUAUGUGAAAAUACCAACCUCUGACAGAGAUGGAACAACACAUCAACAGGAGUUGAUUGCAUCCACCUCUCGACCCGAUGGAGCUACCCCUCAGGGCAUCCCAACUCAACCCACCUGGUACAUGCCAACUUCUCAGUAUGCUGAGACAGCUCCCAAAAGCACCUGGACUGUGCACACCUCCAAACCUACCCAAGUUUCUACAACCUCUAGAUAUGAUGGGGCGACACAUCAGGCUUCUGAAACCGUAUCUGUUCCUCAUCUUACCAAUACAAAACUUAUCACUGAAUCGAAAGCAUCAACCAUCGAUAUAAAUGCCAAGACCACGCUGGAGACUUUUUGGUCUACACCAGCACCCACAGGAGCCAUGCCACGUUCAGGUAAUAGAUGGGAUUUACAUUAAAACUUAAUGUGGAAGCAAGAUAUUAAGUUUACUGCCUGUUACACAAUUAGAGAAAACCAGAUGAAGAUGAUGUACAGGUGGUAUAUGACUCCCGUCAGACUAGUCAAAAUAUACAAAUUAAAAUCAAGUAAGUGUUGGAGAUGUCAUGAGGGAGAGGGAACAAUGUAUCGUGUGGGGGGAUGAGGGAAAAUUAAAAAAUUCUGGAGCAAUAUUCGUGAAGAAUGAAAAAAGAUGUCUAAAACAUCAUUUGAGAAAAAACCAGAAGCGUUUCUAUUAGCCUUAGUUUCAAAGGACAUCCCUAGUGACAAUAAAAAAGUGUUUUUAUAUGCUACAGCCGCUGCCAGAUUGCUAAUAGCUAAAAAUUGGAAAGGGGACAAGAUUCUAUCAGUAGCAGAGUGGCAGUACAAGCUUUGUGAAUUCAUUGAAUUGGCCAAAAUGACAGCAGCUAUUAGAUUCCAAUCAAAUCAGAAAUUAGGAAAAGAAGGGGAAUGUGUGGAAGAAUACAUGACAAAACAUUGUUCCAAAACAAAUUUAUUGAUAUGCAUUGACUGAAGUUCGUAAAGUUAAGGUUAAAAGAUGAAAAGGGAUUAAUGGGGAAUAUGUAAAUAACUUUCUUUAAUGCAAUAUUAAAGGAAUGAAAAACAAUGGAAGCUGAGCACAGGUGGAGGGAAGUCACAACAGAAAAUAGAUAUAGAUAGAUGAUAGAUAGAAAGAUAGAUAGAUAGAUAGAUAGAUAGAUAGAUAGAUAGAUAGAUAGAUAGAUUGAUUACCGGUAGGUAGAUAGAUAGAUGAUAAAUAGAUAUAGUAUGUACUGCAAAGAAUGAUUAAGGAUGUAAUUGAAUGUAAUAUUGAAAAAUAAAAGGGGAAAAGGGGAAAAAAAUAAAACAAUGUUUUAUUCAGCUCAUGUGACCAAAACCCCCUCACAGUCCAACAGAAAAUUUCUCCUUAUCUGCACUGAAGUGAUAAUUUAUUUGUCAACCUUCUCAGUGGCAAAAGGAGAAAAGAUUCCUUAAGCAGAAUAAUACUAUUAACAGCUACCCCAUAACAGGAGUCUUGGCACGUAAAGGUAAAGGGACCAGUCGUGGACGACUCUGGGGUUGUGGUGCUCAUCUUGCUUUACUGGCCGAGGGAGCCGGUGUACAGCUUCUGGGUCAUGUGGGCAGCAUGACUAAGCCACUUCUGGCAAACCAGAGCAGCGCAUGGAGCAGUACCUAUUUAUCUACUUGCACUUUGACGUGCUCUCGAACUGCUAGGUGGGCAGGAGCAGAGACCGAGCAACGGGAGCUCACCCCGUGGUGGGGAUUUGAACCGCCGACCUUCUGAUCGGCAAGCCCUAGGCUCGGUGGUUUAAACCACAGUGCCACCCACAUCCCAUGGCACUUAACCAGCACUUAACUCUGUUAUUGUCUUUUGCUAAUUAGCAUACAGCUGGAGGAGGGACUGCCCUCCUCUUCAUAUCUAAGGCUGAAUGUCCCACCUUUUGUCAGAGUAAUGAGUCUGCCAUUACUGUGAUGAUGCCUCUCUAAGCCAAGCUCCUGGGAAAACAGGCUUGACAUUUACCGAUUUCAGAAAUUAUGGGAAGAGCCUGGCACCCAGGAAUGGGUGCCAACCCCCAACACUACAACUGCCAAGCCCCAACACUACAAAAUAUUUGGGAGACCUUUCCAGGAGAGUUCUUAGUAGCAGGAGAAUUAAUAUGUCAUUCCUCUCCGCGCAAUCACAGUCAGCCAUUAGCAAUGCAGUAAGCAGCACAUUAGAAGAAGCGAAUAUGGAUGUUCUCCUAUUAUUUGGAGACGAUUAAUGUGUACAAGCGUGAAGCUGUGGUGAUUCCAUGAUUUGAAGGGCAGUUGAAUAAUAGAGGACUUGACUGGUAGCUGCAGUUCUUGGAUAACAUAGAUACAAGCCUACUAAACUCUGGAGAGCAAAAAUAUUUGAGUUUUAUGUAGCCCAUAAUUGCCCAAGACUUCAGAAAAGACGCCCAUCCUAAAUAUCACUUUCUUCGUCUUUCUCAUCCAUUUACUUAACUAAAAAGUCUGAGACCAAUAAGGAGAGAUAAGUGACAGGAACCGCUGGGGGGACAGCAUACACAAAGCCACCAUCUCAGGGCAUCAGCCACAGCUUUGCAUUCAGCAGAUUAAAUGCCCAGUUCCCAAAAAAAUAGCUGUGUUCCCCACAAAGGAUGAUGUGUAGGAAAAGUCACUUGCGAAUUUCAAUGCGGAUGUAAUUCUCCUUCCUCUCUUGUUGCAGUAACGUUCUAUAACAUCCAGAUGAACUUCUCUGUGUUCUCCAAUCCUCCAGAGACAUUUGAUUACUAUGAUGUUAAGAAGCUCUCAACAAAAUGGGUGAGUACUAAUUCCUCUCUUGCCCAUCCCUGAACACCAGUUUACAUGUUAGCAGAUUAUAAUCAAUUCCACUGUACAGAAAGUGGAGCACAAAGUCAACCCAAACUAUGUUGUUGUUUAGUCGUUUAGUCGUGUCCGACUCUUUGUGACCCCCUGGUCCAGAGCACGCCAGGCACUCCUGUCUUCCACUGCCUCCCGCAGUUUGGUCAAACUCAUGCUGGUAGCUUCGAGAACACUAUCCAGCCAUCUCGUCCUCUGUCGUCCCCUUCUCCUUGUGCCCUCCAUCUUUCCCAACAUCAGGGUCUUUUCCAGGGAGUCUUCUCUUCUCAUGAGGUGGCCACAGUAUUGGAGCCUCAGCUUCAGGAUCUGUCCUUCCAGUGAGCACUCAGGGCUGAUCUCCUUAAAAAUGGAUAGGUUUGAUCUUCUUGCAGUCCAUGGUACUCUCAAGAGUCUCCUCCAGCACCAUAAUUCAAAAGCAUCAAUUCUUCGGCGAUCAGCCUUCUUUAUGGUCCAGCUCUCACUUCCAUAACCCAAAGUAUAGGCCUCUGGUUUUCAUCUAGCACUGAGCUAUUGCCCUGGUGGGAUGGCUUCCACUCGCCCAACAGAACUUCCUCUGCCCCUAUUCCCCCUGGCGACCCUGCAGGCCUGCCCCCCAUUUGGUUUAGGGGUUCCCUCAACCCACUGGAGCAGAUUUGGGGCAGGCAGGGGACACACACAGGGGAAGGAGAGUGAGGGAAAACUACAUUCUGCAAGUGGAAGACUUAAUUACAGAACAGCAUUUACCAUGUAUGUGCACUACUAUGUGUGAAUGCUUAGGGGUCUCUUCCGGGGUGGGUGUAUUCGUUUCUAGUUGUGGGGCAAGCUCAAUGGUUUAGCAGCAAUCAGCUCUUUUAGGCAGCUACUACCGCAAUGUUUAAUGGUUGGCUUUUCACAGAGGAUCACCAUUGUUAGACAAAAUGCUGAACAAUUUUUACCCAGGGAAGCAAACUGUAGUUAAUUUUUCUCUCUCCUACAGUUGAUGAGUUUAUUCCCUGGUCCUGAUUUUGUUGUUACAAACCAUAACAUCAAGGCAAACGCUCGGUGAGUAUUUUAUUUGUCUGUUUGGUUGUUUUGCUUUCUGCCACUCUUAUCAAAUGUAGGAAUAGGUGGUUAGCAAGAAUACAUUUAAAACCAGACUAAAAACUCACAUUACUAAGGAGCAGCAGUAUGGGCAAUACAGUACUAUAUUCCAGGGGGGGAGAGAGAGUUCUCCUCUAGGAUCUGCUGUCUCUGAUCCAGGGUGGUGUAGUGAUCAGGAGAUGAGGGAUCAAAUCCCCACUCAGCCCUGAAGCUCACUUGGUGACCUUGGGGCCCCAUCACUGUCUCUCAGCAGUCUAACCUACCUCUCAGGGUUGCUGUGAGGGUAAGAAUAUGCCACAUAUAUCAGCCAGGUGAGCAGGAUGGGGAGGAGGGCAGUGUUUCAAUGGAGCUCACUCAUUUAAGAUGGAACCGACGCUUUUAAGAUGUAGGUGUCUGGUGCUUAGCUGAGCAGCUAAGGUCAUUGCCAGGGGUCAGCAAACUUUUUCAGCAGGGGGCUGGUUCACUGUCCCUCAGACCUUGUGGGGGGCCAGACUAUAUUUUUGGGGAGGAGAAUGAUGCAAGAACAAAGCCCUAAACGGCCUCGGUCCAGUAUACCUGAAGGAGCGUCGGUAGUGGUACCCGCCCUGUGGAACUUCCUUCCACCAGAUGUCAAAGAGAACAACAACUACCAAACUUUUAGAAGACAUCUGAAGGCAGCCCUGUUUAGGGAAAGUUUUAAAAUUUAAUAGGUUAUUGUAUUUUAGUGUUCUGUUGGAAGCCGCCCAGAGUGGCUGGGGAAACUCAGCCAGAUGGGCGGGGUAUAAAUAACAUAUUAUUAUUAUUAUUAUUAUUAUUAUUAUUAUUAUUAUUAUUACACCAUGAGCCCCGGUGGCUGCUUACUUGUGUCUUGCAAGUGGCAGGGGCUGGCAGCGGAGGGACAAUGAGUGGUCCACGAAAGGGCUCUGGAGAGGGGCUGCUUAAAAUGGCGGUCGCUGGAGGGCUGCUGCUGCUGCUGCUGGCACCAACAGAGGCCAGCCCCCUUCCUCCUCUAGGCAGGGCAGGAAGAAGCCAGGAGGAGGGAGGGAGGAGCCGCUGCCACCGCCGCCGAAGGAAGGAUAGGGAAAGAACGAGCGCGCUGCCGAUCCACGUGGCGAUUCCCGGACCAUCCACAGGCCGGAUCCAGAAGGCAAUUGGGCCUGAUCCGGCCCGUGGGCCUUAGUCUGCCGACCCAUGGUUAUUGCCUUCACAAAGGGACUAGUUUGGCUGCUCCACCAGGUUCCCUCAUACACCCUAGCCUCACAGAUAUAGAUCACAGGUUUUGGAAGGAACCCAGAGUUUCAUCUAGACUGGACACAUACACCCAGCCCAUAAUACCAUGCAGGGUUGCUGAACGUCCUCCCCUCCCAUAUUGAUGUUUGCCUCCCCCCCCCCCUGUUUUUGUCUGUUUUGUUCCCCCCACCCUCACUGCUUUUUGAUCCAGAGUCCCUAUUCCACAAAGGAGGGAGCGCAUGAGAACUGGGGUAUGUAUGCAUUUUAUGCACCAUAGUUUGCACAAAGCCUCUUCCCCUCUCUCCUUCUUACGUAAAAUAGUCACUUGGGUGUUGUUUUCCUCUUUUCUUCAAUCUCUUCUUUGCAUCUCAUGCUUUUAGGAAAUUAGUUCUCACGGAGUUCUCGCGCCUGAAGGGGGGAUUGCCAUGGCAGCAGUAAAGGAUGCGCCAUGGCAACUGGUUUGAGGAGGUUUAAUGGUAAACAUGUCUUGCUUUUGUACAUUAUGCAAAGAUAAACAACGGUGGCAUAUAAUCUUUUACGCAACUGGUCCAGACCAAUUCAAGCUGUCUCUGCCACUUCCAUUGCCAUCAACUAUGGGCCAACAGUAGCCAGAACGGAGACAUGAUGCUUCCUCAUAGUGCUGCUUUCCAGGUGUUUGGAACUAUAAUUCCCAUCAGCCCCAGCCAGAGUGGACAAUGGCAAGGCAUCAUGGGAGGAGUUGCAAAGGCCAUCUUAAACCUACUCGGACUUGUAACUACCGUAUUUUUCGCUCUAUAAGAUGCACUUUUCCCCUCCUAAAAAGUAAGGGGAAGUGUGUGUGCGUCUUAUGGAGCGAAUGCAGGCUGUGCAGCUAUCCCUGAAGCCAGGAGAGCCAGAGGGAUCGGUGCGCACUGAUCCCUCUUGCUGUUCUGGCUUCAGGGAUAGCCGCGCGAAGCCUCUUCAGGGCAACGGGACGAACGCUCCCCCUGCCCUGAAGAGGCUUGGCAUGGCUAUUCCAGAAGCCAGAACAGCAAGAGGGUUUGCUGCUUUUGCUGCGCAGGGAUCCCUCUUGCUGUUCUGACUUCGCUUCGCUGGAGAGGCGCUGCAAAGCCCCUUCCAUUUUUCCUCCCACUUUGCUGGAGAGGCGCUGCGCAGAGAGGGAGAGAAUAUUUUUUUCUUGUUCUUCUCCUCUAAAACUAGGUGCGUCUUAUGGUCGGGUGUGUCUUAUAGAGCGAAAAAUAUGGUGAUUUUGCAAGUCGUGGCUACUACCAAGAGUAGCAGCCCUGCCUUUCUUUUCAGUAACAUCUGCCUACCUAGAGAAUAUGGGUGGUGUGAUGUCAUCAUGCUCAGAAUUCCCUUGCCUGCCAGUGAUGGGGAAAGUGUGUGCGUGCGUGUCAAGGCAAGGCACCUCUGAGCACAAUGAUGUCGUGCCAGGUAUUUUCGGAGAUACAAGAUGGACCAUUUUUCUCUCCUCCCACAGUCAAGCAGCAAACCAUUCUCUCUGAAUAAUGCUUGGUUCCCACUGGGUUGUUAUGGAAUAUUGCCUCCUCCCUUUUAGGGUUCCCCCCACAUAUGCCUUUUGUGCUUCUGCAGACUUUGAAGUUCUCCCAAACCUGCUGAAAGCUUGUGUGUGAGUGAUGCCUUUCCGUCAGAAAUCCGUACGCUGAGAAUGAGUUGAGUGGUUAAGAGCGUUCUUGCAUCCAUUGUAAUGUCUGCUUUGGAGCUUACUGGAAACUGUCUUCUUGGUUUCCAGUUGAAUUUAAGCAUGCAUAAUAUUCUCUGGCCUACAUCUCAAAUAUUGGAAAUAUUAUUGUGCUCACUCCAGUCUCUUGAGUGGUGAGAGACUUCGGGGAUGCCUGCGCCUUUUCAGAAUUUGUUUACUUACAAUGAAGGGCAUUGGAGAUUGUGGUGUCUUUAAAAUAUAUGGUUUAAUCUCCACCUAUAUACAAACUGACUGUAGAAUGGAGGGGCUCACAGCAUUAACACCCCAACAGAUCUUGGUUCUGCAUUAGGUUUCCAGGGAAGCCCCUAGUCCAGCUUUGGGUCAGCACACAGUAAUACAAGCCCCUGUAUAUCCCGCUUCCAGCAUCAGCCAAAACUCACAAACACCUAUUCUCCGUCCUAGGAUGAUGCCUCCGUCCUAGCAUCCUGCCUGUUGUCUUUAUACCUGCCUCCAUUUGUUUCUAUGGCAACAGAGCAGCCUCUUUGGACAUGUCAAUGGUGGUACUUAACUAGACAGCUAAAGUCAUUAUCUUACAAAGAAAAUGGUCUGACUGGUUCAGCAGCCUUUUCUGCUAGAUUCUAAACUAGAGUAGCAGGCCCUGGAGGAAUCCACAGAUAUAAUCCAGACUGACCCCUGGCCCCAAUCGUGUAACAAUAUAAAUGGUUUUGGUUUGCUUCAUAGAAUCUCCCUUUCCCGUCCUCAGGUACAUCCAUUUUUCAGAACUGGCUGUUCCUCCCCCCCCAACCCCCAAAGUCACCCUUUUGAGAUUUCCUGUAUCCAAGGAACCUGAAAUUGCUUUAAAUUGCUCCAAAUGUUCCAGGAGAGCUGAGUGACUUUCAGUUUUUCCUCAUCACAGAGUGAAAAACUGCAGAAGGCAAUUAUCAGAGCAUUUAAUAGACAAACUAAGGGACUACUCAAAAUGCCGUGUGAUGUCAGAGAAACAUGGUGUCGUGCCAAAGGCAUUCAUAGCACACGGAGGGCAAUUGACGUUAGAAUAUUUCAUUGCAACAAGUAUGAGCUAAUCAGCUGCCUUUCUUCUGCUAAAUCAUCUUGAUUGAGCUCUUGCACUUAAGAUAUCAUUCCUUAGUAAUCGCCUCUUUUUUAUUUUUUUAUUUUUUUACUUUGCAUAUUGUGAACUGAAGAGCGAUGAAAAGCAGGCUCCUCAAAGGUAGGCUGUUCAUUUUCCUCAAGUAGUUGUUUCUGUACUUUCUGCCUCCGGAAAGUGAUUUGCACAUUUGCUGUGCUCAUGCUGCAGAAUCUACAUGCACAUUGCUGAGGAUUCUGGGAUAUGUUGCCACAGGCCUCACCAUUAACCCAUGUAAUGUCAAGCGCUUAGAACGUGCCACAAAUGUUUCCAGGAAGUGGCAAGCUGAUGAAGAGGGGGUGGUUUAAUAAUAAUAAUAAUAAUAAUAAUAAUAAUAAAAUAAAUUUUAUUUAUACCCUGCCCUCCCGGCCAGAGCCGGGCUCAGGGUGGCUAACACCAAUAAAAUCACAGUAAAAACAUAAUAGGGGGAAAAGAGAAAAAGGGGGGGGGAAACCAAUUUAAAAUACAGGUUAAAAUGCAAUUUAAAAUGCAGCCUCGUUUUAAAAUAGCCAAUAAAUCAAGACCAUAAGGGGAGGGAAACAUAAGGGUCAGACUGAGUCCAAACCAAAGGCCAGGCGGAACAGCUCUGUCUUGCAGGCCCUGUGGAAAGAUGUCAAGUCCCGCAGGGCCCUGGUAUCUUGUGACAGAGCAUUCCACCAAGUCGGGGCCAGUACUGAAAAGGCCCUGACCCUAGUUGAGACCAAUCUAACCACCUUGCGACCUGGGACCUCCAAAAUAUUGUCAUUUGUGGACCUUAAGGUCCUCCGUGGGGCACCCCUUCUUACACAGGAGAUCCAGGCCAGUGGCAGAGGGUCAGGAAGGCUAGAAGCAGUUGCUACUCAAAGGCAGGCAGCCGUCAUGAAAGGGGCAGCCAAAAUGAUCAAGGGGAUGGAGCGCCUCCCCCAUGGGAAAUGGUUGCAGAGUUUGGCGCUUUUUAGAGAAAAGGGGUGACAUCAAAGGCAAUUAUAAAACGUCGCAUGGUGCACAAACAGUGGAUGGAGAAAAGCUUUUCUCUCUCAUAACAUUGGAAGUCGUGGGACCAUCCAAUGUAGAGGAACGUGGGCAGAUUUGACACAGACGAAAGGAAGGCUUUCUUCACACAGGGCAUCGUUGAAAGGAUGGAAAUGGUUCGAACGGGAGGCAGCGAUGGCCACCGGCUUGGACAACCUUAAAAGACAACUGGACAAAUUCAUGGAGGAAGAGAGGGCUGUCGAUGGCUGCUCACCAUGAUGGCUAUGCUCUGACUAGGGGGACGAGGCUAGUCCCCUAGAGGGUCCAAGAACCCUCCUGACACCUUCUCAAAGCCCACCCAGCUUUAGAGAAGCAGGCCGUCAGCAAAGUCUAGGCAACACGAUGACCAUGUACAUAUGCAAUAGACAAUCUUUUAUAGAAUUCCUUCAAACCAUAACAAGUCAUAAACCCAUCUCAUAAACUGCUUAGUGACUACAUUAUUACAUGAGCCCUGUCCCACAGCAUUUGAUAUUUUCAUUUGCAUACAUUCAUUCAAAAUAAGAUGGGUUUAUGAAGCAAUUCUAUAUCCUCCCACCUCACUGACGAAGAAAUCCAUGAAACAGUAGUCAAUAUCCGGAAUCACUGUUCAGUGUUGGACAUCAUAUUUGCUGAAUACACAAAGCUUCACAGCUUGUCUUUCAUCAUCGUACGAAGUCUGGUACCUCGCUUCUUUUAAAGAUUUUCAGAAGCUUUGAGCCUAAAGAUUUCAUUUUGGACUUGUUAUGGUUUGAAGGAAUUCUAUAAAAGAUUGUCUAUUGCGUAUGUACUGUUAGGAUAUAGUUCCAUUCCACCUUUAGAACAGGCAUGUGGAGUUGUUGUAUGUCACAUGUCUGCUUACUUCCAGCACAGUCUGCUGGGAACUUCCGUUGUAUAUAGCUUUUGCCUAUGCUGUUUGCUUGGACACGAAGGGAAGCAGACAUGUUUUUCUUUUGUCCUGAUGCUGAAUAAACGCUUGUAAAUAUGCUUACAUAUGCCUCUGUCCGCUACUUCCGUUGCAAAGAGUUCUUAUCUCUGCUGGCUUGCGUGCUCAGUCUCUAAAGGUCUCUGAGUCGCAGUUUUUGAUGCUGUUCUGAGAAUCGGGGUUCGCCCGGCUGCCGGCCAGAGGGCUGGAGCCAGCUGGGGGCCUACCAAAUGCCCCCGUCUCCCUGGACACAUCCCAACAUGUACAUGGUCAUCGUGUUGCCCUAGACAUUGCUGACGUUCUCUUUGCAACACAGGGGUUUCUUUGGUUACUUAGGGAAGGAGGCAGCAGGGCUCCGGCAUCCUGCCAGAGACCUGGCGCCUCUUUCUCAAAGCCCUGGAGGCUUCUGUCCAGCUUCGGGAGGGAGGCACGAAGCUCAUGCAUGCUUGCUGUGUUCCCCUACGAACCAUUUCAUCACAUGCCACUGGCUCUGCCUCCAAUAUGCUUCUGGAAACAGCAGGAGGAGAGAGGGGUGUUCUUGUGUUCAAGUUGCAAGUGUGGGCAUCCCAGUAGAGACAUCUGGUUGGCCAGUGUGAGAACAGGAUUCUGGACUACAUGGCCCUUGGCUUGACCCAGCAGGCUCUCUCUGCUCUUAUGUUCAAGUUUAUGGCAAGGACGUGAAAAGCAAAUCCUCGUUUGAUGUUGUGGAGCCGGCAGGCAAACGACUGAUGAAGUUGCCAGAUCACAGCAUCUCCCCACCAGUGAGGAUCUCCCUCUGAAAUGCGAAAAUUAUUCGAGAUUCCAGCUGCCUUGAGCUUUGCAGGGAAAGCACCUUUUACAUGUGGUGAAUAACUGAACGCUACUUUGCAGAUGGGAAGAGGAGGGGCCGUGGCUCAGGGGUCUACUUUGCAUAUAGAAGAUCCCAGGUUCAGUCCUGGUGUCUCUGUUGGGAUGCGUGCGGGGAGAUGGGGGCAAUUGGCAGGCCCCCAGCUGGCUCCAGCACAUCGGCCAGCAGCCGGGCAAACUCAAAACUGCGACUCAAGCCUCAGAGACCUUUAGAGACUGAGCACGCAAGCCAGCAGAGAUAAGAACUCUUUGCCACAGAAGUAGCGGACAGAGGCAUAUGUAAGCAUAUUUACAAGCGUUUAUUCAGCAUCAGGACAAAGGAAAAAACAUGUCUGCUUCCCUUCAUGUUCAAGCAAACAGCAGCAUAGGCAAAAGCUAUAUACAGUGGAAGUUCCCAGCAGACUGUGCUGGAAGUAAACAGACAUGUGACAUACAACAACUCCACAUGCCUGUUCUAAAGGUGGAACGGCUGCCAGAAACCACAGAGAGCCACUGCCGGCCAGUGCUGGCAAUGCCAAGGCUGUGUGUGCACGAUGCCUUUAGCGCACCUUUGAAGCACAUUUCCUCCCUCAAAGAAUUUUGGGCACCGUUCACCCCUGGCAGUUACAAGUCUAAUUAUGUUAUUUGUUUAUUUCAUAAAAUUUGUAUGCUACCUGAUUGUAGAAAACCUCAAAGCAGUUUGCAAUUCCCAGCAAUGCUUGACAAUCUUCAGUACUCGGCAGGGCUGGCCUGUCCAUGAUGCCAUCAAAUGCCAUUUUUAAAAAAAUUUAUUUUGACGACGUCAGACCAACACGGCUACCUACCUGUAUCUAGUGCUCUGAAUGUAUUUUAAAGGUGUAAUGCGUACUCAGCCUGAGCUAGACGGAGCAAUGGUCCAACUUAGUACAAGGCAGCCUCCUGUGUUUCAAAAGGAACUCGCCCACCCCAGCAGCCUUUUCCAGUAAAUGAGCACUGUGGAAAUCCAUAGGACUGGCUGACUCAAUUAAUAAUAAUAAUAAUAAUAAUAAUAAUAAUAAUAUUUCUACCCCGCCCAUCUGGCUGGGUUUCCCUAGCCACUCUGGGCAGCUUCCAACAAAAGAUUAAAAAUGCAUUAAAACAUCAGUCAUUAAAAACUUCCCUAAACAGGGCUGCUUUCAGAUGUCUUCUAAAUGUCAUAUAGUUGUUUACUUCUUUGGCAUCUGAUGGGAGGGUGUUCCACAGGGCAGGCGCCACUACCAAGAAGGCCCUCUGCCUGGUUCCCUGUAAUCUCACUUCUUGCAAUGAGGGAACUACCAGAAGCCCCUUGGUGCUGGACCUCAGUGUCCAGGCUGAACGAUGGGGGUGGAGACGCUCCUUCAGGUAUACUGGGCCGAGGCCGUUUAGGGCUUUAAAGGUCAGCACCAACACUUUGAAUUGUGCUCAGAUACAUACUGGAACCAACCUUCGGAAAGGACUUAAUGUGAAAACCCUGUUAAAGCCCCUUGGAAGUUAUGAGAGACGCUCCUCCUCCUUUCCCAAACCAGCUCCAUCAUUAGUGUGUUAGUGCUGGUGGAAGGCUGCCCCAGCUUUGGUUGCAGUUUCACCAUUUCUAGACAAAGACGUUGACGGGACGUUCGUUGGCAGCAACACCCUUUGAGCUUAAUGCCCUUGUGACUGUAUAAUAAAUGAUUGAUCGACUGGCCAUCCUCUGAGCCAGAAGAACCUCCCCUGAUCCCUGAUCUGUGAGGGUUCCCUUUGUGUCUUCAGAAAUGAGGGAAAUGCUCUCUGCACUGGCUUAGGGGCAGAGGUAGAAGUCUGUAUUGGAAAGAGAUGCCAAGGUUGAGCCCCAAUACAAAGUGCAAGUGUCUGUCUGUCUGUCUGUCUGUCUGUCUGUCUGUCUGUUGUGCUUUCAGCUUUUCCUCAAAGUCUGUCAUCAAGGCCACAUCUGACAAACCCAGAGAAACCAUCAGGGGAAAGUUACAGGCUGCCUUGAAUGGCAAUUAUACUGAGAAGCCUCUUUCAAUGGAAUCUAAAGAUGUCGCCGUUGUUUACUUAGGUAAUGUAUCCAUCAGAUUUAAGCUGUUAAAUCGAGGUUGGCUUAUUUGUGCUGUGUAAUACAGUGUUGCAUGGAUUGAUUGAUUGAUUGAUUGAUUGAUUGUGUGUGUGUGUGUGUGUGUGUGUGUGUGUACAGUGGUACGUCGGGUUACAAACACUUUGGGUUACAGACUCUGCUAACUCGGAAGUAGUACCUCGGGUUAAGAACUUUACCUCAGGAUGAGAACAGAAAUCGCGUGGUGGCAGCGGGAGGCCCCAUUAGCUAAAGUGGUACCUCAGGUUUCAGGUUAAGAAUGGUCCUCCGGAACGAAUUAAGUUCGUAACCAGAGGUACCACUGUAUUUACUUACUGUUGUGGUGGUUACUUCUAGUACAUUUUUCAGUUUAGCAAUUUUAUCUACUGCUCAACCCCUCAGCUUCCAAGCACUUUACAGCAGAAAUGCAGGAGAGGUUAUAAUACAGGAAUACACUGCAGAAAUCAGUUAAAAGUUAAGCACAAAACCAGGGGGCAAAAAACCUUCUUUGAAAUGCCUGCUGAGAACAUAGUUGUUAGAAUGAAGGCUUGCUUGGUUUGUUGUUGUGAGCCACUUUGGGCACAAUUCUGUGGGAAAGUGGCACACUACUAAAACAGAAAAUGGUGGUUUCUUAAUCCUGACCACCCCCCAAGCAUAGCUGUCAACGUUUCCCUUUUUUAAAGGGAAAUUCCCUUACUCCGAAUAGGAUUCCUCGCAAGAAAAGGGAAAAGUUGACAGCUAUGCCCCCAAGGAGCGCAAAACAGCACACCCAGUUUCCCGUUUUCUGUUCUUACAAUGACCCUCCGCGGUAGGCUAGGCUGAAAGAUGGUGAACAGCGCAAGAUGACGCAGUGAGCUUUGUGGCUGGGAGGGGAUUUGAACCCGGCUGUCUGUGGCCUCAAGGCUCAGUUGAACAGAGGUCAGGUGAGUAGUGCAGCCCUGCCACAACAUCUGUUGCUGUGAGCAUGCCAGUUUCUGCACCCCGCUGGCUCUCUCUCCAAUAAAGGAAUUGCUGGGUUGCAAUUUUGCACUUUGUGCCCUCAAAGGAAAAGGGAAACGCAAUUUUCAUUGUGGUGGGUGUGAGCGGAGCCCCGGCCAAUAUAAAUCUCUGUGUGUGAAGAGAUCACUUUACCAUCUCCUGGUAAAUUAACUGUUGUAUAUAUACAGUGGUACCUUGGUUCUCAAAUGCCUUGGUACUCAAACGCCUCAGUUCUCAAACACUGAAAACCUGGGAAUGAAUGUCCCCUCACAGUAUCUGCUUUAUAUACAUUAUUUACACAAUGGGCUGCACAUGAUUGGCUAAUUCUGGAAUUCUACUGUAAGCCAAUCAGGUUGUGGAUUCACUUCUAUCUGGAGCAGGAUUGGGUGGUUCCUGCCAACCAAUCAUACUGCUGCAUUGUUCUAGGACCAAUCAGACUGCUGCAUUCUGAAUCCUAUUGUUCUAGGACCAAUCAGACUGCUGCCUUUUGGAUCCUAUUGUUCUAGGACCAAUCAGACUGCUGCAGUUUGGAUCCUAUUCAACUCAGUACAUAACACCCUCCCCUCUAAGUUCCAGUCCUGCCCGGGAGGUCGCAUUCAUAGUCCUCAAGGUAUGCCGGCGGCCUACGUGUGCGUUGUGGCCUGGGGUGUUCCCUGGUCCGGGCUCCAGGUUCUGGCUCGUGUUCCAAGGAUGCUGGCUGUGAUGGGGCUGUUUGGUCUGGUGCAACCGGCUCGCUCAGUCGUGGUUCUGGUUCCGGUGUCCUUUCGGCCUCACGGGUCCUCUCUGUAUUUACUGAUUCUGCCUCUCCUGCUGGCCCCUCCUGCUCUAUGGGCCUCACUGCCCCGCUGUUCCCUUGGGACUCCUCUGACCUGUCCUCCUCCUGGUUUUCUCCCGGGAAUCGUCGCCGUAUCUGGUCGCAGUGGCGGCGCCAGCAUUGCCCCCAUCCGUUAGCACCUCGUACGACACGGGGCCAGUGACCCUGGUGACUGUGGCGGGUACCCAUGCUGGGCCUGCCCCAAAAUUCUUUGCGUACACUGGGUCCUGGGCCUCGAAGGUCCGGGGUUCCUGCCUUCCCCACCACUACCUCAUCCUGAGCUCUAUCGGGGUGAAGGCGGUCCAAUCUGAUUGCAAGGCGCCGACCCAUUAGUAGUUCAGCGGGGCUCCGGCCAGUCGUUGAGCUGGGGGUGCUGUGCUGUGCUAGAAGGAAUGUGGCAAGGCGGUACUCCCAGUCCCCUUGCGUCAUGCGGCGAAGGGUGUCCUUGGUGGUCCGCACCAUGCGUUCUGCUUGGCCAUUGGUGGCAGGGUGGAACGGCGCCGAACGGAUGUGGCGGAUGGCGUUCUGCGCUGUGAAGGUUUGGAAUUCUCCUGACGUAAAUGCAGUCCCGUUGUCUGAGACGAGAGUGUCAGGGAGCCCGUGGGUUGCAAACAGCCUGCGUAGUACCCGGAUGGCUGCGGACGUGGAAGUGGACGGUACCAGUGCGACUUCCAGCCAUUUGGUGUAGGAGUCCACCACUAUGAAGAAUGUUUUCCCCUGAAAGGGGCCAGCGAAAUCCACAUGCAGGCGUGACCAUGGUGCUCGGGCGGACUCCCAGGACUGGACUGGGGCCCUUGGGGGAUCUGGGCGGGAUUCUUGGCAGGCCUGGCAGUGUUUGACCCAGGCCUCUAUCUCUCCAUCGAUCCCCGGCCACCACACAUAACUCCUGGCAAGGGCCUUCAUUCUUACUACCCCUGGAUGUGUCUCGUGUAGGGCUGUGAGGACCCUUGCGGAGGGGCUGGGGAACAACGACUCUGCUUCCCCAUAACAGGCACCCCUUGUGGGCCGACAGUUCAUGUUUGCGGGUUGUGUAGCCGGCGAAUUCUGGCCCGGGGCUGCUGCUGGGCCAUCCCUCCACACCCAGUCCAGGACCCGGGAGAUGACCCUAUCUUUCUUGGAAUGGUGUGCAACUUCUUGUGCCUGAAUGGGGCGGUCGGGAAGCAGCUCCAGGCUCAUAACCUCUUGUGCAGGUGCUGGGUCAGGGCCUGUUUCCGGUAGUGGUAGCCUGCUGAGGGCGUCCGCAUGGCCCAUCGCCUUCCCAGGUCGGUGAAUCAGUGCAUACUGGUAGCUGGCAAGGAAAAUUGACCACCUGAGGACGCGAGGAGACAGCACUUGGGGGGUCUGCUUUUCGGGGCAAACAAGCCAAGCAACGGCUUGUGGUCAGUCACCACGGUGAAGGGCCGCCCGUACAAGAAAUCAUGGAAUUUUUUUACUCCCUUUACGAUUGCCAGACCCUCCUUGUCGAUUUGCGAGUAGUUCCGCUCGGUUGUGUUGAGUGUCUGGGAAAAGUACGCCACCGGUACCUCUCUUCCAUCCGGGAGUUGGUGCCCCAGGACAGCUCCAAUGCCAUAGGGUGAGGCGUCGCAUGCUAGCACCACCGGCAGCCUCUCGUCGAAGUGUGCCAAGACCGAGUUUGAGACAAGCAAGUCCUUGACUGCCUGGAAUGCGGCCUCCUGGCGCUGGCCCCACACCCAAGGGGCCCGCUUGUCCAGGAGUCUGUGUAGGGGCUCCGCUACCGCCGCCUUGUGGGGAAGGAAGGAAUGGUAAAAGUUCAAUAGUCCCAAGAAGGCCUGAAGUUCAGUCUUGCUCUUGGGCGCUGGGGCAUCACAAAUGGCCCGUACCUUGUCCCCAGUCGGGUGGACCCCUUCUGCGUCCACCAUAAAUCCCAGAAAGUCCACCUGAGGCACUCCUAGUAGACAUUUUUCCCGCUUCACCUUGAGACCCGCCGUCUGGAAACGGUGCAGAACGGUGCGGAGGCGGUCCUCAAACUCCUCUGGUGUGGGCCCGGCAAUCAACACAUCAUCGAAGAAGGGGGUGACGCCAGGAAUCCCUUUAAGGAGAGAGUCCAUUAGAUUCUGGAAUAUGCCUGGUGCCACGCUGACACCGAAUUGCAGCCGCUUUACCCUGAACGCUCCUCUGUGCGUCACAAUCGUCUGUGCCUCUGCUGUGGCCUCAUCUACUGGCAGCUGUUGAUAUGCUUGGGCCAAGUCCAGCUUGCCAAAAUUUUCGACCCAGCCAGGGUGGCAAGGACAUGGCUGACCACUGGCACUGGGUAUGCGUGGGCCGUGAGGGCCUUGUUUAUGGUACAUUUGUAGUCUGCGCAGAUGCGGACCGAACCAUUAGGCUUGACGGGUGUGACGAUUGGGGUUUCCCAGGGGGCAUUAGGCACCGGCUCCAGCACUCCUUGCUCCACGAGUCGGUCCAAUUCCUCGUCUAUACGGGGUUUCAAGGCGAACGGGACCCGGCGGGCCUUGAGCCUGACCGGUCGUACUGCGGGGUCAAGCUGUAGCGCAAUGGGGGGGCCCGUAUACUGUCCCAAUUUCCCAUCGAAAACCCCUGGAAAUUCCUUGCAUAUGGCGUCCACGUCCACUUGUAAGCUAGUGUGGUUCACCCCGGUGACAGCUAGCCCCAGUGGUCCAAACCAUGCCAAUCCCAGUAAGCUAAUGUAGGGGCCCUUGACCACAAGCAAGUCCAGUUGCCGCGUCCGCCCUCGGUAUUGCACCCUGAAGGUCCCCACCCCCAUUGUGGGGACCUUACGGUUCUGGAAGUCCCGGAGGGUGAAUGGGGCCGGCCUGAGUUUGGGACCCCCAGUAGGACACAGUUUCCUUAAGGUCCUUGCCGAGAUUAUGGAUAGAGUUGAACCCGUGUCAAGCUCCAUGCGGCAUGGGGCCCCUCUAUCUGUACCUCUACAUAAAUUUUCUCUACGUUGGGGUGGGGCAACUGGUAUACCUGGAAGUCCGUGAGCUCCGUCGAGUUGCCUUGGUGCGUUGGGCCCCGGGACCUGGGGCUCUUGGAUUGGUCAUCUGAUGCCUGGUGUCGGGUGGGCCGAGCCCGACACACCCGGGCGAUGUGUCCCGAUUUUCUGCACUGCCUGCACUCUGCGUUGCGGAAACGGCAGGUCCUCCUCUCGUGACUCUCCCCGCAGCUUGCGCAGUUCCCUCCUUCUCGUCGAGGCAGCUGUGGUCUGUGCGCUGCUUGAGUGCGCUGCUGUACUCGGUGCACCUCCUCCCUGUCGGAUCCUGAGUCGUCGGUGAGGUCUUCGUGGUGGACCCUCGGUUGGGAUGGCAGGCUCGGCCGUGCCUCUUGGGUCGACCUCUCGGCAGCUUCUGUUGCCAGGGCCUCCUCCAGAGCGACCUGGAACGUUAGGUCCUUCUUAGCGUAGAGGCGUCGUUGCAGCUUCUCAUCCUUCAGGCCACCGACGAGGCGGUCACGAAGCAUGUUCUCCAGCUCUGAGAAGUUGCAGAACCGGGCGGCUUGGCGGAGAGAGGUCACAAACCCAGUUAUGGUUUCCCAGGGGCUUGCCGCUUUGCGUAGAAGGCAUUUCGACGAGCCACCACUGAGGGCUGCGGCGAAAGUGCCCCUUCAGCUGUUCCAUUAUUGUUUUGUAUGGAACAGUAGCGACGUCUUCAGGCGCAAGGAGAGCCCGGGCGAUUUCAAACGUCUCCUCUCCGCAGACGCUGAAGAAUAUCGCCCUCUUCUUGGCGUCUUCUUCGUCGGUGACCCCUUUGGCUUCUAGGAGGAAGGUGAAACGGGAGGCGUACGCUUCCCAGUCUCCAGAUGCUGGGUUGAAUGGCGAGAAGCUGCUGUUGGCUGCCAUUCUGAGUUCCUUGUGUCCCGGAGCUGAAGCCUGGAUACACGGUGCGAGGCAGCGGUGCGGCAGUUGGCGGUGCUGCGGUGCUGUGUGUGGCAGUCAGCUCAGCGGGAUCCCACCUUCGUCGCCAGUGAAAUAUACUCAGAGUCGCAAAGUGAUUUCAUGCUCUUUAUUCAGCUCAUAGUGGUGAGGAGGAAUGAAUGAAUGUCCCCUCACAGUAUCUGCUUUAUAUACAUUAUUUACACAAUGGGCUGCACAUGAUUGGCUAAUUCUGGAAUUCUACUGUAAGCCAAUCAGGUUGUGGAUUCACUUCUAUCUGGAGCAGGAUUGGGUGGUUCCUGCCAACCAAUCAUACUGCUGCAUUGUUCUAGGACCAAUCAGACUGCUGCAUUCUGAAUCCUAUUGUUCUAGGACCAAUCAGACUGCUACAGUUUGGAUCCUAUUCAACUCAGUACAUAACAACCUGGAAGUAAGUGUUCCGUUUCUUGAAGGUUUUUCAGAAGCCGAACGUCCAAUGCGGCUGUCAGCUAUUGUUUCUGGGGCGCCUGCACCAAUCAGAAGCCACACCUAGGUUUUCGAACAUUUCGGAAGUCAAACGGACUUCCGGAACAGUUUAAGUUUGGCGUUUUUGUUUUUGCUAUUUAUUUUGCGUUUUUGUUUUUGAGGCUUUUUUGGUUAAUUUGUUUUUGUGACUGUGUGGAACCCUGUUCAGCUACUGAUUACUUGAUUGUGUGACUGUGGAAAUGGAUAAAAGCCCCCCAUCCAAAUAAUGGCUAUCGUCAGUGCAAUUAAGAAAAAAAAUUAUUUUUAAUUUUUAUCAUCUACAAUGCUGUCUUAUUUAUUUUAUAGUACAGUACAUUGAUGAUUGCUUUCAUUUUGUGGAUGGGUGGUCUUGUUAGAUAGUAAGCUUCAUGUUAAAUCGCUGUUUUAGGGGUUGUUUUUAAAAGUCUGGAACGGAUUAAUCCGUUUUGCAUUACUUUCUAUGGGAAAGUGUGCCUUGGUUUUGGAAUGCUAUGGUUUUGGAACGGACUUCCGGAACAGAUUAAGUUUGAGAACCAAGGUACCACUAUAUAUGAAGAGAUCUCUUUACCAUCAUCUGGUAAAUUCACUGCUGUAUAUAUACAAUUCAAUAGCAGUAUACUGUGGAUGUGAUGGCAGUUUUAGAAGGGAGUUAAGACAAAUGCAUGCAGGGCUGGACUAACUGCUAUCAGCCAUGACAGCUAGAAUCUCCACUUUUAGAAGCCGGCUGCUACUGAUUACACUGGUCAAUAACAAAUUUGUUGUCUGCAUUUUUUCAGUUGAUUUAGGACAAAUCUGAUGCGCUGAAUCCAAAAAUCACAUUGGUUUUGCUCAAUCAGGUCAAGUUUUUGAGCUAUGGCCACAUGUCUUUUUUUACGUUUUUGUUCACAUAUAUGCUUGUGUGGAGCAUUUUAGGAGAAGUUGGUGGGGGUAAAAUGCCAUGUCGAAUAAUUGUUUUGAUUGGAAAUGAUUAUUUUAAUGACAAGAAGUAUUCAGGUCCGAUAGUUCUGGGUGAUUAUGUUGAAAAGGGAUCAGUUUGAAGUCAUAAAACCUCAAAAUCUUCCAUAAAUUGGUGCGGCAAAGCAUAAAGUUGCUUACCAUGCUUAUUUGGGUAUUAAACUUGGUGACCAGGAUAAAGCUUGGGCGCCACACAUGGUGUGCAAGGCAUGCACCGAGACUCUACGUGGGUGGACCAAUGGCAAGAGGAGUCUGAACUUUGGAAUUCCCAUGGUUUGGAGGGAGCCAACAAACCAUGUCACUGACUGCUACUUCUGCGCUGUUGAUGUGACUGGGAUCAACACAAAGAACCGGAGCAGCCUCAAGUAUGCUGAUCUUCAAUCAGCAUGUCGUCCUGUAGCUCAUUGUGAUGAAAUUCCAGUGCCUAUCUUUGGAGAACUUCCUUCCUGACAUUAGUGACGAAGAUGCCUCCAGUGUUGAAGGACAUGAAGUAGAAGAAGUGGUUCUUGAAGAUGAUGCUCCACAUACAUUUUCCGAAAAGGAGCUGAAUGAUCUAGUUCGUGACCUCAGCUUGUCAAAGGACUCUGCCGAACUGUUGGCAUCCAGAUUGAAGGGGAAAAAACUCCUCUCUGACAGUGCUCGCAUCAGAUUCUUCCGCAACAGGCAUCAAGAGUACCUCCAUUUUUUCUCGGAAGAGAAGGACUUGGUGUACUGUGCAGAUAUUGCGCAGCUUCUGCUCAAGCUUGGAGUGCCACAGUACGAACCCAAAGAUUGGAGACUGUUCACUGACAGCAGCAAGCAAUCACUGAAAUGUGUUCUGCUACACAACGGCAACCUGGCUCACUUGACUACACUGAAGGAGAACUAUAAAGCGGUGAAGCAUGUGCUGGAGAAAAUUGGUUAUGAUCAACUUAAGUGGUUUAUUUGUGUUGACCUGAAGAUGGUGAACUUUUUGUUGGGACAACAGUCUGGCUUCACCAAGUACCCAUGUUUUCUGUGCAUGUGGGAUAGUAGGGACCGUGCUCAGCAUUACACGAAGAAGGACUGGCCUGUGCGGGAGGAAUUGGUGCCUUGCAAAGAAAGGAACAUCAUCAACGACCCUCUGGUGGACAGAAACAGAAUACUCUUCCCACCUGCACAUCAAGCUCGGCUUAAUCAAGCAGUUCACCAAGGCUCUGGACAAGGAUGGUGACUGCUUCACUUACUUGUGCCAGGCUUUUCCAUGACUGACCAUGGAGAAGUUAAAAGCUGGCAUCUUUGACAGUCCUCAGAUCCGUCAGCUCAUCAGAGAUCCAGAGUUCGGAAACUCAAUGAACAAAGUGGAACUGGAAGCGUGGAAGGCAUUUGUUCUGGUAGUGAAGAACUUUCUCGGCAACAAUAAGGCCAGAAACUACGCAGAACUUGUCAACAACAUGCUGACUGCUUUCAGAAACCUGGGCUGCAACAUGAGCGUCAAGAUGCACUACCUAUUUUCACAUAUGGACCGGUUUCCUGAGAACCUGGGUUUAAUGAGUGACGAGCAGGGGGAGAGAUUCCAUUAGGAAAUGAAAGAGAUGGAGACCAGGUAUCAGGGUCGCUGGGACGCAGUCAUGAUGGCUGACUACUGUUGGACUCUGAAGAGAGACCUCCCUGCCACUGAGCAUUCCAGGAGUUCCAAGAAACGGAAGUUCAAGCCCUGAAGUUUGAAAAAUGGUGAAGCAACAUGCAAUUUACGUGUACUUACCUUUAUCAAUGCCCACCAUUCAGUUUACAGUAAUCGAUGUUUCUAUCAGGUAAUCAAUAUAUGUUGUUGGAAAAACAUUUUUUCUCUUAAAAACAUAUUUAGGAUGAUAUGUGUUGACAAAAAUCAGCUGAUAAUGCCACAAAAAUGUAAUCGAUUUUGUCACAAGAUCUGAUUUUUUUCAAAUCAACAUAGCUCAAAUACCUGACCUGAUGGAGAGAAACGGAUGCCAUUUUCUGAUUCAGCAGUGCAAAAAUACCCUAAAUCAGUUGUAGAAAUCUAGACAACAUUCAAAAAGUAAAAAAUUGUUGCCCAGUGUUAUUCGUUUGCUGGGCAGCAAAACAGGGGGAAGGGCUCUUGCCUUCAUGCUCUGGAGGUUGUUGGGGGAAAGGAUGCUGGAUUGGCUGAGUCCAGUGGAAUUGGCUCUCAUUGUCUGCUCUUGCUCCAAGACCUAAAGAACUGCUCUCAGCACACACCGCCAUCCAAAUACAAGGGGACCUACGAGUGGCCGGAGACAGCUCCUGCCACUGUGGCAUCUCAGCCCUGCAAGAUGAACGGAGACCAAUCUGCUACCAGAGCGUGGUGAGUUGUGGGUCCUUCUCUCUUCUUCCUCAACCUCAACACAUUUCACCUGUAUGAAUGCUUUUAUACCCUACCUUUCUGUGAAGGUUCAUAAGGCAGUUUACAUGAAAGCAACAGCGCUUUCAAGGCCUUUUACAAGACAAGAUUUUUUUAAAAAAAUUAUUAAGUUUUCCAUUUUAACAAUCCAAUAAAAGCCACAUUAAAAAAUUCCAAAUUAUAAAAUAAUUGAACGAUCCAAAUUUUAUACCAAAUUAUAAGUCUUUGGUUGACUUCCCAUGCUCUGAGGUUCGGGGAGCAAUGAUCUCACUCACAAUUUUGCUGCUUCUCUUAAUUAGUCCAGGUAGUUCCAAUAAGCCAUUCCGAUAUUGUUUUUAACAGCCUCUGAGUUCAUCUAGCAGGCGGAUUAGACCAAUAUAGUAUGAUUCUGUGUGGAAAAAAAUCCUUCAUGUUUAUUUUCUUUGUUUACCUCUUUCUACUCCAACAAUCUGUCCGUGGCAAUUCACUUUCACUUCUCACUCCUGUAAAUUCCACUGUAACACAUCCCAAGCUGGAGGAAAUCUGGCUUUCCGCUAUUUGUACCAGGCAUAUACCGUAUUUUUCCGCGUAUAAGACUAGGUUUUCCCCCUAAAAAAUAAUGUCUUCCCCCCAUUUUCUUAAAUCUGAGUCCCCCAAAAUAGUCUUAUACUUGGGGGCGUCUUAUAGAUGGAAAAAUACGGUAUCCAAACUUCUUUGUUUUAUCUCCUUCCAAGACAAAUAAGCCUGUACUUUAGCUAGAAACCAUAAUUUCCAUUGUCUAUUCUUUUAUUGAUCUGUUAAAAGUAAUUGCAAAAUUCAUAAACCAAUUCCACACAGUUAAUUCUGUAGUUAAACCUUAAUCAUAACAAUAUUGAAGUAAUCUUUCUUUCAGGCAGGCAGUCCUUCCAGGGAGAUUUGCCAAGUAAGAUAGCAAAUGGAAAAUAUAACAAAAGGAAAUAAUGGAGGUUCACCCCACUUCCGUUCCGACAUACCAGUCCCAUGAUGAUGAUAAUCCUUCUUCCACUCGAAUCCUUUGGUACCCCAAUGGCUGAAUCAGUUAGCAGAAUUCUUUAUCUCCCCUCGUUCAGAGCAUGCCCGUUAAUUAAGUCCAAAUUUCAUCUUAAAAAGCAAGUGUUUGUUGCUCAUGGCGACAGCUUUGGAGAGUUUCCAAAGAAAUGCAUGGUGCUUUACACCCAACCCCCCCCCAGCCCCCUCAUUCCUUCCAGACUGGGAGCAAGUGUUGGGUGAUCUGUGGGUGGAGCUGCCUCCCCCCGACCCUGGGGGGUUUGGGAGGGUGAUUACUCCCAUCUCAUCCUCAAAAUAUUCCGUGCGAGACAGCUCUGAUGCAAUGGGCAGCCGUUCGCCAUGGCCGCCAAACAGGAAGACAAGAUUAAAUGCAUAGACUCAUUGGAGUUGGAGUUAUCCAGUCCAACCCUCUGCAGUGCAGGAAUCACAGCUAAACAAUGCCUGACAGGUGGCCAUCCAAUCUCGGCUUAGUAACCUCCAACGAAGGAUGGUCAACCAUGUUCUGAGGUUCUCCCUUCCACUGUUGAAUGGCUCUUAACUGUCAGAAAGGUCUUCCUAAUGUCGAGUUGGAAUCUCCUUUCUUGUAACUCGAAGCCAUUGGUUUGUGCCCUACUCUCCAGAACAGAAGAAAAGCUUGCUCCCUCUUCCAUGGGUAGGUCCCUGAAAUAUUUUAAGAUGGCUUUCAUCAUGCUUCUAUGUGACGCACCUCUGUGCUCUCUGAAGCCUUGCUCCCUCUUCCAUGGGUAGGUCCCUGAGAUAUUUUAAGAUGGCUUUCAUCAUGCUUCUAUGCGACGCACCUCUGUGCUCUCUGAAGCCUGCGACUGCUGUCCUUGUUCCCCAGGCCCAGAAUGAUACAGCACGGUUCCUGACAGUCCUGCUUAAUUAAUAAUAAUAAUAAAUAAUAAUAAUAAUAAUAAUAAUAAUAAUAAUAAUUUAUUAUUUAUACCCCGCCCAUCUGGCUUGGUCUCCCCAGCCACCCUGGGCAGCUUCCAACAAAGUAAUAAAAUACAGUGGUCUGUUCAACUUUAAAAGCUUCCCUAAACAGGGCUGCCUUCAGAUGUCUUCUAAAAGUCUGAUAGUUGUUCUUCUCUUUGACAUCUGGUGGGAGGGUGUUCCACAGGGGGGGUGCCACUACCAAGAAGGCCCUCUGCCUGGUCCCCUGUAACUUGGCUUCUCGCAGUGAGGAAACCGCCAGAAGGCCCUCGGCGCUGGACCUCAGUGUCUGGGCAGAACGAUGGGGGUAGAGACGCUCCUUCAGGUGUACUGGACUGAGGCUGUUUAGGGCUUUAAAGGUCAGCACCAACACUUUGAAUUGUGCCUUGAAACGUACUGGGAGCCAAUGUAGAUCUUUCAAGACCGGCAUUAUGUGGUCUCGGUAAUGCAUGCUCUUAAUUUCUCUUGGUUUCUCUUUCUCUCCUUUACAUUUUGAAGUGUGAUUAAUAUCAACACGGGAAAUGCUUAUUGGAGGAGACAAAACCUGACUGUGUGCCAGCUGGUGCAAACGCUACCUAAUACUAUCAUGGAACUGAAAAACAUGACCAUCACAGUGGGUAAGUGGGUUUUCUUUGCUUGACAUACAAUCAUAGAAUUGUAGAGUUGGAAGGGACCCCCGAGAGUAAUCCAGUCCAACCUGCUGCAAUGCAGGAACCUCAACUAGAUUAAAUAUGGCAGAUGACCAUCUAACCACUGCUUAAAAACCUCCAAGGAAGGAAUGUCCACCACCAUCUGGGAGAGACCAUUCCGCUGUUGAACACCUCUUACUGUCAGAAAGUUCUUCCUGAUGUUUAGUUGGAAUUUCCUCCUUUUUUUGUAACUGGAAAAAUUGGGAUAUGGGUCCGACUCUGCGGAGCAGGAUAAAACAAGCUUGCUCCAUCUUCCAUGGGACAGCCCUUUAGAUAUUUGAAGAUGGCUACCAUCAGGCUUUUGUUGGGAAAUCUGAAUACGUGCAGCUACUCACACAGAGUCAAUUAAGGUUUGGCAGACAGCCAGAAAGCAAACUGAAGGAGUAAGUCUGCCUGGUGAUAACAGAGGCAUGGAGACAGCUCCCUGAUUGGUCAAGCUCUCUCUGAGGAGUGAUAAUUAAUGGCCUACUAACUGGAAUGUGUUAGUUCAGAGUUCAGUGUUCAGUGUUCAGAGUUCUGUGUGUCAGUGUAGGAGUUGUGAGUUGUGUAUGAGAGAGCUAGCAAAAGAUCCGUGUUCUGUUCCUGUAAAUAGUCCACUGUAUAUAAUAAACACCUAACUACAAGUUCCUGGUUUCUGCUUCGUCUAUCCUGUCUGCAGCCAAGUCGCCAAUUGCUUCUGUGGAUUCUGCGUUUACUCUGCUAGGUCUCGCUAAGGUCCUGCAACUAGUCCGAAAGUUGCGAAACACCAAUAGGUUUUGCCAAUAGCUUUGGUUCUGGGGGUGCUCAAAGGUACACAGUACUGGCACCUUUUUGUCUUUAGAAGAAAAGCACUGGUUAAAUGUGUGGCACUUACUGUAGCAGCUUCAUGAUGAGUACCAUGGAGAAAAGCACUGGCUAUCAUAUGUCCUCUCUGUAUCCUCUUAUCCAUGAUGUCAUGAGGUUAUUGUUUGUCUGUUCCUUCAAACACCAGGGACAGGGGACCUGUAGACCUCCAGGUGUUGCUUGGCUGCAGUUCUAGCAGCCCACGUAACCAAUGGUCAGGGGUUUCCAGGACAUAGAAGAGAAAGUCCUCUUUCAUGCGGCACAUGGAGUUUGUUGACGCAAGAGGCAGCGAUAGCCACCAAUUUGGAUGGCUUUAAAAGAGGAUUGAAGGAAUUCGUGGAGGAGGAGAGGGCUAUUGAUGGCCACUAGCCAUGACAGCUCUGCCCUGCUUUCACAGUCAGAGCCAGCAAUGCUUCUGAAUGUCAGUUUCUGGAAAACUCAAGGGAGGAGAGGGAUCUUGUGCUCAGAGUCAGCAGGCUCCUUUUAUGCUGGUUCUCCCGGGCGGCUUUUGUUGCGUUCCCAAAGCAAGGAAGGAUUGGACUCUGAUUAAUAGAAUACACACGAGGCUUGGCCAGCAAGACUCUGGGAGGAAGUGCGAAUAAUAAUCUGUCACACCCUGGCCCAGGUCCCUUUAUUAACAAAAGAACUUUUAACACAGUGCUUGUAAGAACCAAUCAGAUGUCCUCUGAGCAUUUCAAAAACAUCUCCACGCGGGGCAAAGUCAGAUCAGUGAAAUCCUUGUAACUACAAAGAAACUAUUUCCUACUUGAGCAUGCAUAAAGGUAAAGGUAAAGGGACCCCUGACCAUUAGGUCCAGUCGUGGCCGACUCUGGGGUUGCGGCGCUCAUCUUGCUUUAUUGGCCCAGGGAGCUGGCGUACAGCUUCUGGGUCAUGUGGCCAGCAUGACUAAGUCGCUUCUGGCGAACCAGAGCAGCGCACGGAAACGCCGUUUACCUUCCCGCCAGAGCGGUACCUGUUUAUCUACUUGCACUUUGACGUGCUUUCGAACUGCUAGGUUGGCAGGAGCAGGGACCGAGCAAGGGGAGCUCACCCCGUCGCGGGGAUUCGAACCGCCGACCUUCUGAUCGGCAAGCCCUAGACUCUCUGGUUUAACCCACAGCGGCACCCGCGUCCCUGAGCAUGCAUACAUAGGAGUAAAUAAAAUAGGAAUCAAGGAGGAAUGCUUUUAGCAAACCCCGGAGGUCAUAAACAGCAGUAAACAGGAGAGGGAGGAUGGCAUGGAAAGAUAGGCAUCUUUAUCAUCUCCUUGUGAACUCUCUUCCUGGCCCUAAGAUUAACAAAACCAAGAGAAGCUAAAUCAAAGCUACCUAAUAUCUUUAUGCCUGGUGAAGCAACCGGCAACUGGUCUGUGUACGUGACUUGUCAAGCAAGAGAAAUAGGACAGAGAUGCAGAGGCGUGGAUUGAUCAGAAAUCAUAUCAAAUGGCUGAAGCCCAGUCAACGCAAUGCUUUCAUUUCUGACGCAAAUGGCGUGCUCCAUAUUUUUAUAACUCCUCAUAGCAAUCCCACCUGAACACUACAGCUUUCAACUUUGCUAGGAAUCUGAACUUGUGCUGACUUCGUGAGCGUGGCUCUCUGGGGGUGGGGUGAACAACGGGUCCACGUUCUUGGGUGCCCUGCCUGUGGCCAAGCUCACACAAGGUUUGGGGGAUGGAAAUCCAGCAAGGAGCCUUGGGAUAAUGGUGAGACCCAUAAAAUUUGGCCAGGAGUUGCCUCACCUGUACAAGGUCAGGAGCCACAGACCAGAGAACAAGGUCUUUCAGGUCCCUGGGCAAGGCAACUUGUUCAGACAGGUUUCUAGAUCCUUAUAAGCCUAUAUCCUUCCUUGACUACCAUUCCCAGGUCUGCCUCCUUUGAGAGAAAGAAAGGCAUGUUCAUCCCCAUACCAAUACAGUAGUACCUCGGGUUACAUACGCUUCAGGUUACAGACUCCGCUAACCCAGAAAUAGUACCUCAGGUUAAGAACUUUGCUUCAGGAUGAGAACAGAAAUUGUGCAGUGGCGGCGCGGCGGCAGCAGGAGGCCCCAUUAGCUAAAGUGGUGCUUCAGGUUAAGAACAGUUUCAGGUUAAGAACGAACCUCCAGAACGGAUUCAGUACUUAACCCGAGGUACCACCGUACCAAUACCAAGUAGCCUCCUGGUGAUGCCUUCAUUCGUGAGGAAGAAAAACCUACUUUUUUUUCUGUUGCAGAAAACGCUGAGGAAGUGGCAGAUCUCAUUUUGAUUCUGCUGAAUUCUUCUAAGCUGAGUAAGGAAAAAAUUGAGGUCCUUGUGAGCAAGCUCACUGAAAUUGCCAACUGUGAGGAGAUCAGCGAGGCGCUGGCAAGGAAAGCAUUACAAAUAAUAGAUAUCAUUCUGACACAGGCUACCAACGCCCAGGGCUUGCAAGGACAGAUCAACAGGUAAGGGGUCUUGCCAGAGAAUCAGUUGCUACCCACACAGGAAAGAAGGAUCCUUGUGUGACUUUAAAGUGUAACUAGGACAGCCUUGGGGUGCGGGUGGCGCUGUGGGUUAAACCACAGAGCCUAGGACUUGCCGAUCAGAAGGUCGGUGGUUUGAAUCCCCACGACGGGGUGAGCUCUGUUGCUUGGUCCCUGCUCCUGCCAACCUAGCAGUUUGAAAGCACGUCAAAGUGCAAGUCGAUAAAUAGGUACCACUCCGGUGGGAAGGUAAACGGCGUUUCCGUGCGCUGCUCUGGUUCGCCAGAAGCAGCUUAGUCAUGCUGGCCGCAUGACCCGGAAACUGUACGCCAGCUUCCUUGGCCAAUAAAGUGAGAUGAGCGCUGCAACCCCAGAGUCGGUCACGACUGGACCUAAUGGUCAGGGGUCCCUUUACCUUUACUAGGACAGCCUUUGCCCAGCUGCUUAUUCUCCAGAGUUUUUGUGCUCCUGUUCUCAUUUGCCUCUGACGCCUAUCAGCCGCCACAGUAUACAGCCAUGCUGGCUGCUGGGAGUUGUAGUUCACAAACAUUUGGAGGGAACAAGCUUUGCAAAGCCUGGCUAGGGGAUUUAAUACUCCCUUGUAUUAACCCCUUCCCCCCAAACCCAACAUUCAUAAAGGAAACUUUGUCAGGGAAGGGCUAGUGUAGGAGGGCCCUCCUUCAUGGCAUGCAGUCUACAUGGAGGGAGUCUGGAUCUCACAGCAUGGUUCUUUCAAGAGGAACUUGUUCCCCAUAGCAGUCAAAAGCAUCUCUCCCAGCCAGCCUUCAGCCAGCCUGCCCAAGAUGGAUCUCUCUCUUGGUUCUCUCCUUCUUCUUCCCAGCACACCUCGCUAAAGACUCUCUUUUCCUGUCACUUCACACCCAGUUACCCUGGCAACCUUCUUUCUCCCAGACCCAAGAUCCUCUUAGAAAGACCAUCAACACUUUUUGUCACGUUAAUGUCUCUAACCCCAGGUGAGGCCCUGGCUUUGAAAGGAAAUUUAGCCUGUACUUUUCCACUGGCCUCCAAUCUUCCCUUCACUACUCAAAAUAAUCAAAAUCCCUACCAUUUAUUAAUUUCUAGGGUUAGGGGGUUCCGCACCCCCCAAAUCUAUAACACUAUAGUGGGCACAACAGAAACCUCUUGGAAUGGAGAGAACCAGUUAUCUCUGGAUGCAAACUUUUUAAGAAGAGCAGAGAAGGAUGUACCAGAAGUGGUGACUGUAUGUUAAAGACAGAUUGAAUCCUGCAAGCUAGGAAUCCCCAACGGGGCGAAAUCCUCCACAGAAUCAUGGCGGGUGGUGAGACCAGGCCCCAAGAGCAGUGGAAGCGCUAUCAUUCCCCCUGGUGAAAAUGCUCAGAAUGGGGGAGGCAAUUGAAUCAAAAUGCAGCAACUCAUUUAAAGCUUGCUGACUGUGGACCAAAUCCAUUUUGGCAGCCAGAUUCACUCCAAAGGCUGCUGGUUCAACCCUGGACCUAAACCAAUCUCCUGGUAGGGGGAUGAGUUUGGGAUAUAGAGGAGGUGCCUAAAAUUGUCAGGGUCUUUGAAAUGCAAUGUGGGAUCCUCAGCCUCUCAUUUUUUAACACCUGGGAAUCAAACGUUAUGUUGGGGGGCUGAAAAUAGACUAUAGACUUGCCAAAUAAAAAGCGCUGGGUUGUGUCGUGAUUCUCCCCACAGUGUUCGCCCUCCUACUGUAGCCUGCCAAGCUGUAGUGAUCUGAGUAGCAGCUUUUACACAGCACCUUUUCUCUAGUUAAAUUAGGCUGUUUUUUCACAUCAGGGUCAUAGGCAGGGCGGGCAGAUUCCUAGGGCAGCGGAAUCCAGGCCAGGGGCGUCUGGGCUGCUCUAUCCCCUCCCCUUCACCCUUAGGACAACCAGAUUCAAGAUGCAUGCAAGCGCUUACUAGGAAACGUAGUCUGCAAUUGCUAUAAGCCGAACUGAAAAAUCUGAAGGCUGCUUCCAAACCAGGACCAAACAAGUGUCUUUUUUUGUUUUUGUUUCUCACUUCAGCACCUUUUUGGGUAGCAGAUGGUGUGAAAAACUGUGAAACUGGAGGCAGGCUUCCUAACGCUACGAGGAGGCAUGAUUUGCUCCUGUCCUCCAUUUGCCCACUUACCGUAUUUUUCGCUCUAUAAGACGCACCAGACCACAAGACGCACCUAGUUUUUGGAGGAGGAAUACAAGAAAAAAAAUAUUCUGAAUCUCAGAAGCCAGAACAGCAAGAGGGAUCGCUGUGCAGCGAAAGCAGCAAUCCCUCUUGCUGUUCUGGCUUCUGGGAUAGCUGCGCAGCCUGCAUUCGCUCCAUAAGACGCACACACAUUUCCUCUUACUUUUUAGGAGGGAAAAAGUGAGUCUUCUAGAGCAAAAAAUACGGUAAUUCAGUGUUGGCUAUUUGCAGUUUAGUAGCGCAGAGAGCUUGCUGGGGAGACCAUGCAUUAAAAAGGGACUCAAAAAUAACUUAAACAAGCUUUUAAUUAAAAACAAAAACUCCUUUUACACUAAAUACAUCAACAAACAAACAUGACCCAACCACCAACCCAUCCCCCAGGGUAAUGGGAGAGCUAGGUGCUGCUCCUUGUAUACUACACCCAAUUGCUGACACAGCUUAAUCAAUACAACUCAGCAGCACCUGCUAUGUUUCACAGCUGUAAAGCUGGGUCUCGUUAUCUUGCUCUGGCCCCUUAAAGACAUACACAUCGGGUGGAACAAUGAUGAACCUUUACAUUUAAAGAAACCAUUCAACAAGCAUCACUGCAGCCAAGCGACUGGCUGCUGGAACAGGCAAUGGCCCAUCAAGUCCAGCAUCCUAUUCUCACAGUGGUAGUAGUAAUUAAUAAAUAAUAAAUAAUAAAUAAUAAAUAAAUUAUACAUACAUACAUACAUACAUACAUAACAUACAGGUAAAGGGUGAAGGGACCCCUGACCAUUAGGUCCAGUCAUGGCCGACUCUGGGGUUGCGGUGCUCAUCUCGCUUUAUUGGCCGAAGGAGCUGGCGUACAGCUUCCGGGUCAUGUGGCCAACAUGACUAAGCCGCUUCUGCCGAACCAGAGCAGCGCACGGAAACACCGUUUACCUUCCCGCCGGAGCGGUACCUAUUUAUCUACUUGCACUUUGACAUGCUUUUGAACUGCUAGGUUGGCAAGAGCAGAGACCGAGCAAUGGGAGCACACCCCAUUGCGGGGAUUCGAACCGCCGACCUUCCAAUCGGCAAGUCCUAGGCUCUUUGGUUUAACCCACAGCGCCACCCGUGUCCCACGUAUGUUGGUGUAGUAAGGACCAAAUAGAAUAAUACAUGGGUUGAUAAUGAGAGAGAAGGGGAUACCACCGUCUAGUUGUGAGAGCCAUAAAACAAAGCUCACUUGUCUUGUUCCCUUUGUUGUUUAGCAUUUUAAAGGUACUGGAACAAAUAGGUUUCAAGCUGAGCUUCAGUGGGAAAAGUGAGUCCAUCGUUCUCCCAAGGCUGGCUUUGGCUCUCAUGCGCCCAGAUCCCGUGAAUUUCAAGGGAGUUGCUUUUGGGGUCAUAUCCUAUGACUCUGCAAUGGAUCCACAGGUAAGAGGCCCUUCUUUUGACUCUGUCCUUCUGCCCCACGACCGGUUCCUGCCAGGUCCAGAGGGCUGCUAAGUCAAAGUUUCCCACUCUUCCACUGAAAAAUGGGGUAAAAGUGGGCCUUGCUCUCUGGACUGUGGCUUAGAUGUACAUAGGGAACUUGGAAAGGCACACAGGUGUGAGGAGGAGGAGGAUAUGUGACCAUCUGUAGUUUUGUCUGGAGGUGACUCUAGCCCCCCAAACAUUUUCUCUUCCAUGCAGAUUGAUAUCCGCCAGGCACCCUUUGACAUGGCGCUGGCAUCCAUAUUUUUGCCAGAACUGCUGAAGGGUUACUUGGAGGCCCAGUCGUUUGAGCCAGAAGAUCACACAAAGAUCCAGUUUUCUUUCUUCGGAACAACUUCGCCGUUUCAGGUAAACAUGGCCACUGCCAAAUGGCACAGGCAGAUCAGGAGGCAAAUGGCAAGAGGAAGCUCCAGAAUCUCCCUCUCACACAUUUCUUUCUUUCUUUCUUUCUUUUUUUAAAGUAAAUUUUAUUAGUAUUUUCCACACAACAACACGAAAAAUAUCAGAAAAUAACAAUAUACAAAACACAAAAACCAGCAUACAAAAAACCCCAAAUCCAUAUCUUACAAGUUAAUAAUAUAAACACGAAAAAGAAAAACAAACAUUGACUUCCACCAAUCCCACAGCACCUCCUUUACCUCUCAUUGUAUCUUCCUGUUUUCUUGUUUUCCUUAUCAUCUCUAUCCUAGCAUCUAGAUAUAAAUCCCUCUUUCUUAUCCUUUCACUUCACAAGAUUAUUCCAAACUCAGCCAGAUUUCUGCCUCGAACCUUGGUUUUUAAGGUAUUCAUUUAGGCACUCCCAUUCCUUUUUCACUUCACUUUUUUGGUUUUGUCUUAUUAUAUCUGUUCAUUUGGCUAAUUCUAAAUAUUCUCACACAUUUCAGUUGGCCUUCAGCAUAGUCUUUUGACUGCCCUUCCUUCCUUCCUUCCUUCCUUCCUUCCUUCCUUCCUUCCGAUUUUCCACAUAGGUUCACAAGGCGGUGUACACAGUUCUUAAAAUUCCAAAACAGAUCCAAAUCAGGCAUAUCAACAAUCAGACAAUCUCAGUUUCCACAUGCCUUAUUUCUGUCAAAGAGGCUGGGGAGGAAGACAGAGCGCGUCUCUCAAGGUUGCCCCAGAGGCCACCACAGAGAAGGCCCUGUUCCUGACAGGUAGCCCUCUCACCUCAUGAGAGGAUGGUGCCUGGAGAAAGGGCUUUGCUGGCAGAUUUUAACAGCUUUUGCUGGUGGGGUACAUGCAGAAGAUAUCUGGGAGUCCAGACCACGAAUGUCUUUGAAGACAGAUUGAAUUGGGCUGAGGAACCAUGUGCUAACAGUUGCAGUUUAACAGCACUCCUUAUAAUGGCUAAUUUCGGUGACGAGGCCCACCAGAAUUGUAGCCCAUGUGAGAACGAGAAGCAAGUAGCACCAAAAAUCUUUAAAGGGGGUGAAAAAUUCUUCCAAAUCAGUCCAGCAAGGAGUAAGCAUGCUCGGUAACUGCAGAAUGUAGAGUGAUAGUUGGGGGGGGGGGGGACGACAAAAAACUUUGCUUUCUAUAUUUAAAAAUAAUGCUUUCUUUGCUUUCUAUAUUUAAAAAUAAUAAGAGUUUAAGAAGCAAAGAAUUUGUCAUCUUUUUGAUGGCAGUGGUUGUUUAAUUAUAGCCAAAUAUUGGAAGAUGUUUGGAUGUGGACUUAUUAGAAAUUUUGUGGGUACUGUUUCUUGUUUUUCAAUCCCAAAAUUAAUAAAAAACAAUUUAAAAGAAAAAGAGGAGGUGGGUGGGAGAGGAAGAGCUGGUAGGGCUGACAGUUAAUUCAGAUCUUUUGCAAAUUGCUCAUUCAACCAAAAAUGUAUAAGAAAAAAAGAGGGUUUUUGUGUUGUUGUGUUUACCAAUGGUUGGCUCCCAAGCUAUGAAACUUUGCACCUGUCUGUUACAGGAAAAGAAUAAAAAACUGAUCACCUAUGUUGUGGGCGCCAGUGUUGAAAAUGUGGUUGUUCAAAACCUCUCGGAGCCAGUGAAUAUAAUUCUGCAACAUAUAAACUCAACGACGGUAUAGUAUCCUGUUGUCUCCAGUUGCAUAAGUGUUGAUUCUGCAGCAUUAGAGCGCAUUGAUUGCUGGCAAAUAGAGAUGCUUUGCUUUGAUUUGGGGAUGAUGCUAAAGGCCAGCUGUUGGAAUUCAAGAACGCAGGAAGCUGCCUGAACACGGAGCCAGACCAGUGGUGCAUCUAAUUCCGUAUUGUUUACACUGACUGGCAGCAGCAGCUCUCCAGGGCGUGCGUUGCUUGCCGCGCACCCCCCUGACACGUGCCACGCUCCCUGGGACGUGCGCCAGCCACACCCCUGAAUGUACACUGCUCCCGCUGCCGGAGCAGUUAGCGUCACCACUGCGCUCUGCUGCUCACCUGUGGCCCUUCCCAACAUCUUGAAGCAAAACACCCCCUAAGCCAGCGGUGGGGAACCUUUUAGAGAGCAAGUGCCCAAAUUGCAACCCAAACCUACUUAUUUAUCGCAAAGUGCCAACACAGCCAUUUAAUAUGGGAUAAUAACGUGUAAUGGGUUUAGGGGUUGCUCGUGCGUAAGUUGCCGCCACUCCCAGCUAGGUUACCUGGUUGAACCCUUUCUGACUGGACAGCCUCUAGCUUCGUGGCUGUCUCAGUCGCUGGCAGAAUCCGUCAGUGGGCGUUUCUUGAACCUUUUCCAGCAUAAAAGUCUCCUCCUACUCUCCCUGCGCGGAAGUACCCAUACUCUCUCCGCUGGUCUCCGACGAGGAGUCUUGGAGCCUCCUCUCCGAUUCCCCCAUCUGCCCCCCUUCUCUACUGGUGUUACGCUGAUUUCCUUCCCCAGCAGAUGGGCUGCCUCUCUCCCUACUGGGACCCUCUCCGGCAUCCCUCUGGAGCCUUCCCUCCGCCUCUAGCUCCGAUGGCAGUUCCCUGACAUAACGAUUGUCUGCAUGCGCACAUACAAACAAAUAAAUAAAUAAACCCACCAGAUGGGCGGGGUAUAAAUAUAUGAUGAUGAUGAUGUUUUGCUGUUUGAUGAGAAUUUGCCUAAGAACCCCAUGAUGAAGUAAAGGCAGGCUAUUGGUGUACGUAGGGGCAGCUAUUAUGGUGCCCUUCAGAUGUUUUUUUUAAAAAACCUUUUAAGGCAGGAUGGUGGAGAGCAUACCAAUCCUUUUUAAUGGGGGGCGGCAGAUAGAGAUAAAUAGAGAAGGCCUGUAAAUUGGGAAUGGGGAAUUGGGGGAGGGGGCUCAGGCCCCACCUCAGGGGUCCCUCAUCACGGCCUUCUUACGUUGUGCCCCCCACACCUCAUUACUGGCCUGAAGGGCUUCCUAAACCUCUUUCCCACCCCCACAAAGACAAAAGUCAAGGCAAUAGACCCUAAAUCGGGUCAAAAUAAAGGGGUCGGGCUCUUUCUAGUCACAGAUAUUUCCGGGUGGGGGUGAAAGGGAUAAAGGGAGGGGAAGAGAGAAAUCCUGUCUUCUCCUCAGGCUGCUGCCCGCCGCUCCACUCGCGUCUUCCACCACCGAUAGUCCUCCCUGCCCCGGCAGUAUCUGGCCAUGACUGCCCCCUUCAGAUGUUGCUGGACUCCCAACCCCACCAGCAUGGCCAAUAGGCAGAGAUCAGAAGUGUUAUAAUUCAGUAGCAUCUGCAGAGGACCAUGCUGGCUACCCCUAUACGAAAGAAUAAUAUCAGCUGAAAGAAGGUACAUGUCAGGCCACACAGGUCUCCUAGAGAAGGAAAAGCACAGGUCCAGGUGGUUUUGCCUUUCCAACCUGUUAUUCAGCUCUAAAUCAGGAUAAAUAUCAUUCCACAGAAAACCCACUUGACUUUGCUCUGAUCCAGAGGGAAACAGCGGGUUCCCCCCUGGGGAAAGUGAUGGGUCAAGCGGAUGAGCCCUAAGUCAUAAAGAGAUGGAAUCAUUGCUUGCUCGACCAUUUUAGUCAAAACUGUUGGAUUUCAAGCUGGUCUGUAAUUUCCAAAAUCACCAAGCUGAGAGGAGGCUUCUUCAGUAAAGGUGUAACUGCUGCCCCUCUCGGAACAGAUUUCUUGAAAUGUCCUUCAUGCAGAGAAGCACUGACCACAACCAAGAUAAAAUCUGAAUAAUUUGUCCUGCAGGAGAAUGCUAUCAUUCUAAAUUUUUUUGGAGCUGGUUGGCUGGUGGUACUGAUACUGAUUUUGGAGGCUGAACUUGCUUGGGGACUAGUAGUUCCUGGCUGGCUUUAUUUCGUGUGUGCAUCCACCUUCGGCUUAUUAUUUUCAUAAAAGCUAACAACAUAAAUAGCUAUCUGCCUCUUAUCUGAUCGGCCUGUCUGUUUUCAAUUGGGGGGGGGGAGCGGCUGCCCACUUUGCCAGCCCCCAACAACGGCCAUGCUGGGGCGAUGGUGCGUGUGCCCACAGAGAGGUCUCCGAGUGCCCACCCUGCCACAUGUGCCAUACAUUCGCCACCACUCUCCUAAGCCAUUCCUUUUGCUUUUCAGGGCAAUGAGUCUGUGCACUGUGUAUUUUGGAACUUUAAGAAGAACGGUGAGUAUAAAGGAUAUAGCUAGCUCUGCUCUGGGCCAGAACAAAGGUCCAUCUAGUCUGGUGUACUGAUUUCCGUGGCGUCCCUGGGAAGCCCACAGAGCGCUUGAAGGCAAACAGGCCUUCCCUGCUGUUGCUUCCCAGCGAUAUGCAAACAGGGCAUCAUUGCAUUGAUAUCUUCUCCUCCAGCAGAAGUCCUCUUGAGCACAAGCCAGCUGUGUCAAAUGCAGCUGCCUUAACUUUAACUAGUACUGCAAUGCACUCUCCGUGGGGCUACCUUUGAAGGCGACCCGGAAACUACAACUAAUCCAGAAUGCGGCAGCUAGACUGGUGCCUGGGGGCGGCUGCCGAGACCACAUAACACCGGUCUUGAAAGACCUACAUUGGCAAAAGGCGAAAGAUUUAUACGAUCUGAAGAGAAACCAGAGUUCCAGACUUUUAAAAACAGCUCCUUUUAAAAAUAGCAAUAUAACGUGAAUUUUAUUAUCUAACGAGACCAUUGAUCCAUAAAAUGAAAGCGAUAGACCAGGCUUCCUCAGCCUCGGCCCUCCAGAUGUUUUUGGCUUACAACUCCCAUGAUCCCUAGGUAGCAGGACCAGCAGUCAGGGAUGAUGGGAAUUGUAGUCUCAAAACAUCUGGAGGGCUGAGGUUGAGGAAACCUGCAAUAAACAAUGUCCUACAGUCACACACACACACACACACACACACAAUCAAUCAAUCAAUCAAUCAGUAGCUGGACUGGGUUCCACACAGUCACAAAAACAAAACAAAAAAAAGCCACAAAACAAAAACACAAAAUAAAUAGCAAAAACAGACAGACCUCAGCGUGAUACUCAAAACAGAAGUGUGGCACUCAAAAUGGAAGCGUGGCACUCAAAUCGGAAGCGUAACACUCAAAAUGGAGCAUGUUCAGUUUCCAAAAAAAGUUCGCAAACCAGAACACUUACUUCUGGGUUUGCAGUGUUUGGGUUCCAAGUUGUUUGAGAACCAAGGCGUUUGAGAACCAAGGUACCACUGUAAUAAUAAGCGGUUAAGUUCUGAUUUAUGGUUUUAGCUGUUGCCCAUGAGAGCAUUUAACACUUCACCAGCUGGACACAGACAACAAAUCAUCACUUAUUUAAAACCGGGAUGGUGGGCGAAAUGUUAGGUUUGCUCCAAAGUUAGUCACUUCAGUAUGACCCUCUUUCAUUAAACCUAGAACGAAUUUAGUAUUUAGGUCAAGACUUCUAGGCAAAAAUGCAGCAAAUUCAAAGUUAGCUGAGAAUUGCAUGAUUUGAAGGAGUAGCUUGAGGGGAGCUGUAACUGAAAUAAUAUUUUGAUGCAUUCAAAUGUGCGUCUGUAGUUCAAAGUUCCAGUGCAACAGCUCUAGGCAGCAGAGAAUUAUGCCUCUGUUUAAAAGGGAUGCAACCAAGUAAAGCACAACUUUCAAGGUUUCUUUCUCCCACAAAUUUACCAACAGCAGUCUUAAGUGGGCGAUCUGAGAAGUGCAUGGUGGGAGCAUGAGAAGCUCAGCGCCUCUCCGCCCCUCCCUGUGAUGGUUGCAGCUAAGCCCCAAGUCAGCAGGAGUCUCUGCAGAGAGUCACACAUCCCCCGUGUUCUGUUGGGAAAAGAUCUAUAAAUGGUGAGGGACGAGUAACUGCAGAUGAAAUCUCUUCUCUUCCCUGCUGCGCAGAUAACCAAGGAGGCUGGGAUACAUCAGGGUGUGAGGUGCAGCGCACAAACGCAAAUUACACAAUCUGCAACUGCAGCCACCUGACCCAUUUUGGAGUCUUGCUGGUAAGCUUUUGUCACUGAUUUGUCAGAACUAAUUGCCCCGUGUGGUUCCUGCAAAGGACAGCGCGGAAUGUCUCUUUUCGUUCAGUUCUAUAGCAGUGCUUUUCCCCCCUAAAGAAAAUGUUUAGGGGUACUCUCAUUUUGACUCAGGAAAAUCACCAUUUUAUAGUUCCAAUCGGGGAAAAUAAAUAUAGCAAAUAGGCAAAAGUACAAAGAUUCACAAAAUGUUUAGGGGUAUGUGUACCCCUGCGUCCCCCCCAGAAAAAAACAACACUGGUUGUAUUUCUUUUAAAAUCCUAUCUUCAACAUCAGACAAGAGGGCUGGGAUUCAGUUGUGGAUUCAGUACGUUUGGCCUGGUAGAGUUGGUAUAGUGGCUGAAAAAUGUGCCCACCGUCCACGCCCCACAAGUCAAAUCCCAUCCCACAGCCAUGAUGUCAUUGGAUCAUUUUGAAGCAACGAACUGGUAUUAGUGUAAUAGUUUGGUAUCUUUAUGUUUAUAUCUGCUGGUGCAAACAGCAGAUUUUGGGAAACAAUUUCAACCAGGAAAAUGGCACAGGGAGAAAGGAUUCAACCUUCUCCUGUAGUGCCUUGGGCCUGAUCCAAAUCACUCACUUGUAUACACACACACACACACACACACACACACAUUGGUGAAAUGCCAGCACUUGUGAUACUACUACUUCUGGAGAUUAUAUUUCUGGAAUUUGCAAAAUUGCAUGGAAAAUUUGCUCCUGAGGGUUUUGCAAACUGUUUUUGCACACAUACAGUCUAUCACUCACAGGCAUUCCAAAAUUUACAGUAAAGAAGUAGGAGCCGCGAGGUAUCAGAAUGCAGGAACAAGGAUGAGCUGAAGAAAGAACUGGUUCACCCUGAGCCUUAGGCCCCAUGUGAAUCUUUCCUUUCACUCCAAAUUUCACAGAAUACUUUGGGGGGGGCGGGUGGGAGGGAGUGGGGCAGGGGAAUCAUGAUCCAAAGAAGCCAAAAAAUUCACACCUCAGUCAGCAAUGCCCAAACAGAUAUCAUUUUGGGUCUGUUUCCUCACCAACUCUUCCAAUGAGAGGCUAUUGACUUCCACCCUGGUUUCUAGGACGUAUACCGGACGGGAUGUGAGGAUAAGAUUUUAACAUUGGUCUCCCACGUGGGAUGUGGCUUUUCCUCCAUCUUCCUCGGCUUGGCUCUAGUGGUGUACCUUUCCAUCGAGUAAGUAGGACCCACCUGCCAUUUUCUAUCCGACAGCAACGUUUAUUUACUUAGAUUUUAUACAGCUACAUAAGCCUGUUUCCAGGGCCAAAUCUGGUUUGUGGUUCGCCAUCCUUGCAGCAAGCGGCGUGGGGUUCUUGCCACGCAGGAGGGGCAGGCUUUGGCAAUACGGUGCCCUGAGCAAGGACAAAAUUUGCCACCUCCCUCCCCAAAUUUCUUAUUUUCACAAUAAUUCAUUUUGGUAAAGGUAAAGGGACCCCUGACCAUUAGGUCCAGUCAUGGCCGACUCUGGGGUUGCGGCACUCAUCUCGCUUUACUGGCCGAGGGAGCCGGCAUACAGCUAGCGGGUCAUGUGGCAAGCAUGACUAAGCCGCUUCUGGCGAACCAGAGCAGCGCACGAAAACACCGUUUACCUUCCCGCCUGAGCGGUACCUAUUUAUCUACUUGCACUUAGACGUGCUUUCGAACUGCUAGGUUGGCAGGAGCAGGGACCAAGCAACGGGAGCUCGAAUCGUGGGGAUUCGAACCGCCGACCUUCUGAUUGGCAAGUCCUAGGCUCUGUGGUUUAACCCACAGCACCACCCACGUCCAUUCAUUUUGGUACCAUUGCUUUUUUAUGGAGCUUCUCUCAGCAGGUAUAAAUAUAGGUCUGUUGUUGUUGUUUGGCUCCACUCCCCUGGUGCCUGCGAUGCCCUAACUCUGGGGCUGCAUCCUGCUCUAGACCCUUCACACGGGGGACUUAAAGGGGCUGCGUCUUGGGCACAGGGGGCGAACGAGCCCUUCACCUCUUUCGUUCCAGCAAGCUCCGUGGGGACGACCCGUCCAGAAUCCUCGUCCACCUCUGCUCUGCGCUGCUGAUGCUCAACCUCACCUUCCUGCUGGACUCCUGGCUGGCCUCUUUCCAGGUGCGCGGCCUCUGCAUCGCCGUGUCCGUGGCUCUCCACUACUUCCUGCUGGCUGCCUUCACCUGGAUGGGCCUGGAAGCCGUCCACAUGUACUAUGCGCUGGUCAGGGUCUUCAACACUUACGUCCCGCAUUACAUGCUCAAGGUUUCCCUGGCUGGCUGGGGUAAGUGCAGGGCAGGGGGGGCACUUCCCAUCUUAGGGCCAUAUUACUUCACAGGGAAUCUUCUGGGGGCCAUAUACCAGCAGUGGGCGGAGGGGGGAUAUGUGAUUUCCCCCUUGGUGCAGGAGGUGGCAUUAAGACCCUGCAGAAGGCAGAGGGGCGUCCCAUCUGUCUCUCCACCUCUCUACCCGGUUUUCUCUCUCUCUCUCUCUCUCUCUCUCUCUCUCUCUCUGUGUGUGUGUGUUUCUCUCUCUGUCUCUCUGUCUGUACUUCUAUCUGUUUUGUCUCUCUUUGUCUCCAUCAAUACAGUGGUACCUUUGUUCUCAAACUUAAUCCAUUCCGGAAGUCCGUUCCAAAACCAAAGCGUUCCGAAACCAAGGCGUGCUUUCCCAUAGAAAGUAUUGCAAAAUGGAUUAGUCCAUUUUAAAAAUAACCCCUUUUUAAAACAGCAAUUGAACAUGAAUUUUACUAUCUAACGAGACCAUUGAUCCGUAAAAUAAAAGUGAUAAACAAUGUACUACCGCCACACAAUCAAUCAAUCAGUAGCUGGACUGGGUUCCACACAGUCACAAAAACAAAACAAAAAAGAGCGGAGGUUCAGAAGAAGUGUGAUUGAAAGUCAGGAGCCGCAGAGAAAUAUCUCUGAAAGGCCAGUUAGAAUAAUAGAGUUGCAGUGCAGCAAUCACUUGCCUCCUGAUCUUCCCAAAAGGGACUGGGCAUAUUUGUGGGAGAAAUGUCUGUCCGUGUCUCUUGGUCGCGAUGGCACACUAGUUCCUAGGGAGCGGCUGUGGCGGGGGCCGCUGCUUUCUGCAAGUCCUGCUUGGGGUGGGAUUUCCAUUGGGACGUUUAGCCGGCCUGGGGGUGGGGAGACAGCUCUUGGUCCAGAGGCUCUAAAUGGCAAGGGCAGGGAAAGGGAGCUCACUCCCUAGCAAAAUCCCUCAUUGCCUCUUCUGUUUCAAGGCAUGUUCAAUCACGGCCUAAACUGAGGUCCAGUGCCAAGGGCCUUCUGGCGGUUCCCUCACUGUGAGAAGCCAAGUUACAGGGAACCAGGCAGAGGGCCUUCUCGGUAGUGGCACCCACCCUGUGGAACACCCUCCCUUCAGAUGUCAAAGAGAACAACAACUACCAGACUUUUAGAAGACAUCUGAAGGCAACCCUGUUCAGGGAAGCUUUUAAUGUUUGAUGCAUUACUGUAUUUUAAUAUUUUGUUGGAAGCCGCCCAGAGUGGCUGGGGAAGCCCAGCCAGAUGGGCGGGGUAUAAAUAAUAAAUUAUUAUUGUUAUUCAACGUAUUCUCAGAGCCAACAGCAUUGUGUUUAUUUCAGUGGACUCUCCCAAGUGAAAUGUCAUAAGCUGAAUUAAAUUCUUGCCAUGUGCCUUUGCUGUCGCCCAUCCCCGCACUCCCCUGGUGAUACAGGUCUUCCUGAGGACUCUCGUCUUCCUCAGACGGGUCACAAUUGCAUCCAUGCUGGUCUUUUUCCUUUCUGGCUAACCCAUUCUUCUUUCUCCCUCUUUGCCAUUAGGAAUUCCUGCGGUCAUCGUUUCCAUGGUUCUCAUUAUAAGCAGAGACUUCUAUGGGGUUUUAAGCGACCCCCUAAGCAGCAGUCCAGUCACACCUUUGUAAGUCUCUAUGCUUUGAUUCUCCUCAGAUCAGCAGGAAGGAGGUCAUACCUAUAUCCCCUUCCGUUCCCCCCCUUUUUGGAUUUUUUUUUGGGGGGGGAGGAGAAUUCAACCUUCCUUGCUUUUCGGUACACCAAGCUGUUCACUCCCUUCCAUCUGAUGGGUCAAUUUAUGGUCCUGGCCUUUCUCAAGGAGAUUCCUCUGUCUGUUUAGCUGCGUGCAUACAAUGCCCAAACAUCCGAUGCUUACAAUUCCUUUAGCGCUUUGCAAAUCAUAUAUAUUAAGAUCAUGUAGGAUUUGUAACCAGGAAGCCUGGCCUACUGCAUAACCCACUCUAAAACUUAUUCUGCAAUUUCCAACAUAAAAUUCAAGUUUGUUUAUUGAGGAUUGUAUCCAGCCUUAGUCAGUUUUUGUUGUCUUAAGUGCCUUCCUUUUCAACAAGGCUUUUAAGUUGAGUCUGCUUCUGCGCUGGGAUUGGUUUUAAGAUGUGUUUAUUGUCUUAUCAUUUGUUUGGGGGAAAGGACAGGAUAUGAAUUUAACUAACCACCACUGAUGGGUGUCUCAUUGAAAAGCCUCAAGAGAGACUUCCAGCUAUCAUGAGCCCAUCUGAAAGAAAUGGCCCUGCCGGCAGCCUUAACAGCGUCUCUCUCCCUCCUCGCCUUGUCUGCUACAGUUGCUGGAUCCGCGAUGACCUUGUGUUUUACAUCUCUGUGCUGGCCUAUUUCUGCUUGGUGUUCCUGAUGAACACCAUCAUGUUCAUCGCGGUCCUUCUGCAGAUUCACACCAUGAAAACGAAGAGUCCUGGCCGAGUCAGCAGCUGGAACCACAGCUUCCUCCACAGCUUGAAGCGGGUGGUCAGCUUAAUGGUCCUGCUCAGCUUAACGUGGGGUUUUGCCUUUUUCUCGCUGGGGUCCAUGCAGACAUUGUUCUCCUACCUCUUUGCCAUUUGCAACACCUUCCAAGGUAAGUGUUUGUACACAGGUGGGUGGGCUUCAGAAGAGGGACCAGAGGAGCCUGCUGAGUCAGGCCAGAGGCCCAUCUAGUCCGUCCUCUUGUUCUCACAGUGGCCGUUUAUGGGAUGUCCAUUAUGGGAAACCUGCAAGCCAGACAUGAGUCCAAGAGGAGCUCUAUUUCCCCUCCUGCGGUUCUACCUCUACCUCUCUUUUAAAUCAGAACCAGUGAGGGCAGUGAAGGUCCUGUGUGAGUGCCUGGAGGCGGUUGGAGGAUGCAAAACCCACUUGGGACCUCAUUGCUCAGUCCAGCUAGCACAGCACUGUCCACACCAGCAGUUCCCAAGCCUUUGUGGGCCACUGACCCUUGGUUCCACAAACUCAUCCCAGUGGCCCCUGUGGAACCCUAUAAAAAGCAGUAUCCUCUCCCCCAUGCUUUUUAGCAUCUACAUGAAGCCGCUGGGAGAGAUCAUCAGGGGGUUUGGGCUGGGUGUUCAUCAGUAUGUGGAUGAUACCCAGCUCUACCUCUCUUUCAAAUCAUAACCAGUGAAGGUGGUGAAGGUCCUGUGUGAGUGUCUGGAGGCAGUUGGAGGAUGGAUGGUGGCUAAUGGAUUGAGGUUGAAUCCUAACAAGACAGAAGUACUGUUUUGGGGGACAGGAGGCGGGCGGGUGUGGAGGACGCCCUGGUCCUAAAUGGGGUAACUGUGCCCCUGAAGGACCAGGUGCGCAGCCUGGGAGUCAUUUUGGACUCACAGCUGUCCAUGGAGGCACAAGUCAAUUCUGUGUCCAGGGCAGCUGCCUACCAGGUCCAUCUGGUACGCAGGCUGAGACCCUAACUGCAACUAAUCCAGAAUGCGGCAGCUAGACUGGUGACUGGGAGCAGCCGCCGAUACCAUAUAACACUGGUCCUGAAAAAGGCCUACAUUGGCUCCCAGUACGUUUCCAAGCAAAAUUCAAAAUGUUGGUGCUGACAUUUAAAGCCCCAAACGGCUUCUGUCCAGUAGACCUGAAGGAGCAUCUCCACCCCCAUUGUUCAGGCCUUCUGGCAGUUCCCUCCCUACAAGAAGCGAAGUUACAGGGAACCAGGCAGAGGGCCUUCUCGGUAGUGGCGCCCGCCCUGUGGAACACCCUCCCAUCAGAUGUCAAAGAAAUAAACAACUAUCUUACUUUUAAAAGACAGCUGAAAGCAGCCCUGUUUAGGGAAGGUUUUGAAUGUUUAAUGCUGUAUUGUGUUUUUAAUACAGUGGUGCCCCGCAAGACGAAUGCCUCGCAAGACGAAAAACUCGCUAGACGAAAGAGUUUUCCGUUUUUUGAGUCGUUCCGCAAGACGAAUUUCCGUAUGGGCUUGCCUCGCAAGACAAAACGUCUUGCGAGUUCUUGCGAGUUUGUUUCCUUUUUCUUAAAGCCGCUAAGUCGUUAAUAGCCGCUAAGCCGCUAAGCCGUUAAUAGCCGCUAAGCCGCUAAUAGCCGCUAAGCCGCUAAUAGCCAUGCUUCGCAAGACGAAAAAACCGCAAGACGAAGAGACUCGCGGAACGGAUUAAUUUCGUCUUGCGAGGCACCACUGUAUUCGGUUGGAAGCCUCCCAGAGUGGCUGGGGAAACCCAGCCAGAUGGGUGAAGUAUAAAUAAAUUAGUAGUAGUAGUAGUAGUAGUAGUAAUUCAGCAACUAAAACUCAGAAGCAUUACGGCCACCUUGCUCUCUGCUGGCAGCAAAAUCUCUUGGUCUGACUCUGACCCAUUCUGUAGUUGAAGAGAUGAUGGCAAAAUUGUGGCCAGAGGAGUGGGGAGGGGGGUAUAAUCUAAUGAAUGUUUUUCCUGCUCCCCGCCCCCUGACUCCUUCCUCUAGGAUUCUUCAUUUUCGUGUUCCACUGUCUCAUGAAGGAGAACGUGAGGAAACAAUGCCGAGUGCAUUUCUGCUUGGGAAAGUUUCGGCUCAGCUGUUCUGGUAUGACAUUCUCAUAUAUAUAAAACCAACCCUUGGGGAUGGGCUGACAUUGUUCUUUGUGGCUGCUUUUGCACUUCUUGUCAUCUGAGCUGCCCCCUGCCUGUACUGGAGGGACUGUGAUGGAGAGGCCCAGCCAUUGCCCUUGCCAAGUCAGAGGCCAUUAUAGCACAGGGAGUGAGGGGACUGGACCCCCUACGAAAGUCCUCAGAUACAAUCCACCAAUCCCGUAUGCUAUGAUAUGUGUUAACAGUAAAGGUAAAGGUACCCCUGACCGUUAGGUCCAGUCACGGUCAACUCUGGGGUUGUGCGCUCACCUCGCUCUAUAGGCCGAGGAAGCCGGUGUUUGUCCGCAGACAGCUUCCAGGUCAUGUAGCCAGCAUGACUAAGCUGCUUCUGGCGAACCAGAGCAGUGCACGGAAACGCCUUUACCUUCCCUGCACUUUGACGUGCUUUCAAACUGCUAGGUGGGCAGGAGCAGGGACCGAGCAAUGAGAGCUCACCCCAUCGUUGUGGGGAUUCAAACCGCCCACCUUCUGAUCGGAAGCCCUAGGCUCAGUGGUUUAGACCACAGCGCCACCCGCGUCCCUUAUGAUGUGUGUUAGGAUUAUUAUUUAUUAUAUUUUAAAAUGAACAUAGCAUUUUUAAAUCUUUUUUAAAAAAUAGAUUUAAGUGUGGCUAACAACAAAGGCUCAAAAUACCAAAUGAUUUAAAACAAUGCAACAAAAAUUUAAAUGUGUUAUUUAAAAAGCCCAAGAACCUCAUAUACAGGGCUUUAAAUAGAGUGAAGCAGCAGUUAAAGGGGAAACAAAGCAACAGCAAGCCUUUUAAAAAAUCUAUUUAAGUUAAGUGGAGGCACAGGUUCUGUGUCUGUGUCUCUGUGUGAUGGUUCUGUUUUUUUAGGGCUUUACAAAUUCCAAGUACAGUAUGACCAGUCCUUGUCCCAGGGGGAUUCCAUUCUCAUACAGACACAGCUAAACAACAGAGGAGGCAGCAGAAGAUGAGAAGCAGGUGAAGGAAGCUAUGGAAAGAAUCUCUGACAGCUUUAAUUCCACGUUCUUUGGCUUAGUUUACAAUAAGGCAUGGGGAACUAGUGGGAUGACCCCAAAGGCUUCUAGGAAAAGCCGAGUUUUGAAGAAAGACCUAAAGUAAUCUAGACUAGAGAAGAGGUCGUGCGGAGGCAUUCUGGGAGGCAGUUCUAGGCAUAAAUGGCAGCAAAUAAAAAAUGGACUUCAGGGGGGCAGGAGACCGUUUAUGCUUUCAUACCCUCCAAAACCUGCCCUCCUAUGCUGUUUCAGAUUGUAGCAGCUCUGCCGCAACUCUGGGGUAUCACCAUCACUCGCAGAGGACGUCACCCCAUUCUCUGAAGUCGCAGAGCUCUUGUACCACCAGCUCCACAUCAAAUGGUUCAGGAAGCUUACCAGGGGCUGCUCCUGAGACUGGUGAGUAGGAACUACCGUAUUUUUCGCACCAUAGGAUGCACCGGACAAUAGGACGCACCUUGUUUUAGAGGGGGGAGAACAAGAAAAAAAAAAUCUCUCCCUCUCUGCCCAGCACCCCUUCAGCGAAGCGGCAGGAGGCGCUGCGCAGAGAGGGGGAGAAUUUCCCCCCUCUUGUUUUCCCCCUCUAAAACAAGGUGCCGUUUAAGGUGCGUUCAGACGCCUUCAGGCGGCUACCUUGGAAGCCUGGAGAGCGAGAGGGGUCGGUGCGCCCCGACCCCUCUCACUCUCCAGGCUUCUGGUUCCUUUCGACCUGCUCUUUGGGGCUGGCGGGGGGAAGCCCACCACCAGCCCCAAAGAGCAGGUCGGGGAGCAGCGCAAAGGUGCGCGGCUAUAGAGGCUGCUGCCAUAGCUGCGUGUUACCUCUCCAGCCGGCAGAGGGUCGUGGGGCUAUGCUGUCUUCGCUCCAUAGGACGCACACACAUUCCCCCUUCAUUUUUGAAGGGGAAAAAGUGCGUCCUAUGGUGCGAAAAAUACGGUAUAUAUAUAUCCAGAUAGCUGGAUAGAUAGAUAGUGCUAUAUACUGAAGUUCUCACACUGGGCCAGCAGGGGGAUACUGUAGAUAGUUUUCCCUCAGGUCCACAUAUGCAAAUAAGGGAUUGAAAGUGACGUUCAGUGAUUGGAUAGUUACAGAAAAUGGUUACUGUUGCGUUCUAGUAGAGCUCUAUAUAAGCAGGCUGGCUGAACCCUUCAAUUCAGUUCUGUUCAGUUCAGUUCUAUUCUGGCCUGUGAAUAAACAAGAGCUGUUUGAAGAAUCGCUGUGUCGUCUGAUAUGUUCACCCACAAAUUAACAGAUAGAUAGAUAGAUAGAUAGAUAGAUAGAUAGAUAGAUAGGAUCGUAGACCACAGGCUACCAGUACUGCAGGACGAGAUGGGAAGUGGGCGGUAGCGUCUGGAACUGGCACUAUGGAGGAUGACGUUUCAAAGUGAGGGGUUUGGUGCACCCUGUUUUUGAGUGCUUUUUCUGAGAAGAUUCCCCCAAAGUAGAAAGCUAGCACAAAAGGUAAUAAAGUUCUCAUUCCCCCACCUGCCACAAUGGCUGCUUUGAUACUUUUUUUGAAAUAUCAAAUUCUUUCAGAAAUUUAUCUUCCUCUUAUUUUAUGAUGCGUUUGCUUGUCUAGUGCCGGAAACAGACCCCCCUUAGCCUGUCUCUUGAGCAAAUCUGGCACUGGCUUGUGAGGUGGGUGAGUUUGUGUGUGAAGCAUCUUCCUUUCUUUAAAAAAAAAUGUUCCUAAUAGUUUCCUAGGUUUUACAGAACAUCUUGAAAACGCAGAAAGAAAAAUCGUAUUUCCAGUUUAAGCUUUCCUGGAUUAUUUUCAAAAGGCGUGAAUCAUUGGAGGGGUGGUUGACUCCCUCUGUAUUUAUUUCCUAGAUGAAGUUUUGCACAGCACCCGCCACACAUCCUUUACUCACCAGAAGGUCAAGCUUCCUCGGGUGAGAAGAAUGUCGCCAAUGGAUGCAGAGCUUCACUGCACUCAGAAAACGAGUUUUUUGCCUUGA